UCCUCAGAUAAAUGUGUCGCACUUUCAAGUAAAUCACAUAAAGCAUCAUUGAGUAAACCGGAAUCAUGGUUCACCGCAUGCCAAACGUUUAGACUGCAUUGUAGGAAGAUAGAGUUGCCUGUUUCUGCGCUAGGAGAGACGUUGUCUGGUAAAGAUAGACCAUUAAUCAGUCCUGCGUGCUUUAUUUCAUCUUCUUCUCGAACUUCAACUUUGAUCACUUGCUCUUCUGUAUCGCGAAGUGUUUUCUGGACUAUAUUUUCUUGCUUUUGGCCUUCCUCACUCAUUGAAUCGUGUGUCGAUGUAUUCAUUGUAAUCCAUUUAUUUUCGUCGCUUUCUUCCUUUGUAGAUCUCGUGACUGAUGAACAAAUAACACGCCCCUGUGUAUGGAAAAGAUGUCGAAUCACCUAAUGGCGGACUAUAUCAAUCGAGAUGGCGGACUAUAUCAAUCGAGAGGCGGACUAUAUCAAUCGAGAUGGCGGGUAAUGUUGUGGGGAUCUGAGGUUUGUACAACAUUUUUAUAAGUUAGUGUGUAAUUAAUAAAAAAUUCUGUAUAGCCUGUAGCAAACGUAGGCAAGUUAAACAGAAAAUGGUACUAAGCAAGCCUUAAUUUAACUUACGGCCUCGCUAAUAAGUCGUACUGAUAAAUACGCUCCCGGAAACUGGUUGAAAGAUUUGGCUUUUUCCGAGAAACCUGAAAACAAAAGGAAUCAUUUAAAACUGGAGUUUCCUGGUGGUUUAUUUCAUAAACGUCGUGUUUAAUGAAUCACCUUUUAAAUAUUGUCCAAGCGACGUUCGUUGAUCUUCGUAUUCCUAUAUGAACGCGAAACGUAAAAACAUAUACUGUAAUGCAGACCGACAAACAGAAUUACCAUGAAUAAUUCUACCAAAUUUAUUAUCGAGACUUCACUACCUUUAAUUGGUCUAAGAGAUAAUGACAGUAAAGUCGUAUAAACACCAAACGAGUCAUCUAGAAUUGAGAAUGAACGUUUGAAAAAAUAUGUACGAAGUUUGAAUCCGCUUUGAAACACACCAACGCGCCUAAAGUACCUUAAGCAGUAAAAUUUCGUUACUUCGUAAAACAAAUUGGUAACCAGCAUCCUUCUUGAGCCAAUGUACGCCACUUUUAGCAAGGUAAAAUAAGCUAUUUAAAAAGACAAACAUAUCCAGAAAUUACAUGAUUACAGAUGCGUAAAAUAAAGACAUUUAGAUUUAAUCAACAUUGAAAUAUUUUUACCUUAAAACGUGUUCCUCGCACACUAGAGCCUGAUCAAGCGAAGCAAUAAGAGCCUCUAAACACGCUGGAAAAUGGGUUACACAAGAUAAACAUAUAAUAUUGUAAUACAAACGAACUGUUCUUUGAAUUGCAAAGUUGAAAGACAAAGUUAACCUUCUUCCAACUUAGAACUACGACAUUGUGCAAGUAACGCCAAGUCAACCCAGGCUCUCGGAAGGUCAACAUGAUAAGCUUCACCAGCUUGCCUUAGUCCAGCCAAUCUCUAGGAAAUAAAUAAAUGUACUUUGAAAUAAUACUCUUGUAAGAUCAAGUUCUUGAAUGAUAUCAGUUCAUCCAACUAAUCGUUUUAGCUAUGAUGUGACAAUGUAGCUACAAAUGCACGUUCUUGCAGAAGCCUUGCAUGCACUAGUAUAUAACUGGUACCAUGGUCGACUAGGAUUGGAAAAUCAACUAUACCUUCAAUCUUUUUAGCAUUUUCAUAGCUGUAUCUUCUAGCUUUUUUCUCUCAUCUUGACCACUGUCGUUGAACUAUAAUAGCGAAAAGGUUCCUCAAUAGCACGUACAUUGCACAGACUAGCUUACAUCAGAUAUAGGCACGGCAGUGUUCAACAUGCCUGUAUAUUUUUUUGCAGGUAGCCAAAAAAAUUUUCAGUUAGCCCUGCGUGGUCCAAACUUGCUCGCUUCGCUUGAAGCUUGCAAAUUGCGACAGGGGACCAGGCACCGAAGGAAUAUUUUUGAGUUAUGUUUCAUAUUGUCAAAAUUGAGUGUCCACUAAUAAUUUGCUCAAACCCAAUUGGUCGAAAAUUAUAUCAAGCCGAAAACGGAGUUCUGGCUUUUGAAAACGGAGUUCUGGCAGUGUUAAAAACGGAGCUCUGGCAUUUGAAAACGGAGGUCUGUUUUGGCAUUUGAAAAGGGAGUUCUGGCAUUUGCGAACAGAGUUUUGGCAUUUGAAAACUGAGUUUUGGCAUUUGAAAACGGAGUUCUAGUUUCUUAAAAAGGAUCUCUGGCAUUUGAAAAGGGAGUUUUAGCAUUUGAAAAGGGAGUUGUGGCUUUUGAAAACGGAGAUCUGACAAGUAGACAGUCAAAUAAACAAACAGACAGUCAAAUAAACAGACAGAUAGGCCCGGUGGACAGUCAUAAAGUCGUUCAAACCAGACCUGACAAGUUCAGACCCGUACACACGUUGGCUUCUCUUUGUACUUACGGUCAUGCACAGUGUCGGACACUUUAUAUCUCAGUUCUUUAAACAUUUGGUCUCAAAUUUCUUGCAAUAUAUAGCUUAAUUUCGCAAGGCAAAAUCGUGCAGUACGAUCCUGAGUUCAUCUAGCUGUGGUGAGAACGGAGACAUCAGAGAACGCUUUAUACUCUACUAACAAACCUUGUAAACAAAGUCUUCCGUGACUUCAAAUGGAAGAGGUCUAAUGAAAAUGUAGAAACAUAUGUUCACUGGCAUAAUUACGAUUCAACAACAGUGACUGCGUAUAUAAAAUAUACAAAACAAACGUCGUAAGACCAUAGGCAACCCACUAAACGACUGAAUUUAAAUUAAAACUGCAGUGAAAUUAUAACAUUUAACGAAAAUAAUCACAACUUAGCGAAAUAUAUUGCGAACUGUAGCUUAUAUUAAAUCGCCACCUGUAGCUUAUAUUAAAUCGCCAUUUUAUAAUUGUGAAAUUAUAUUAGUGGGCUGCCUACAGUGGCUGCCUAAGGUAAGACGAACUUUUUAAUCUCGCUAGACGCUAUAGACUCGAUAGUCUCGUACGAAUCAAGUUUUUUAGAUUAAUACAGCAAUAGCUAGCAAACAUCUUCGUAUUUCACACAACACUCACUUGUAUCUCAAUGCUUAACAAACAGAAAGGCAAGCACAAAAUCGUACAGGAAUAAAACCACACAACAAUAUAAAUACCUUGGUUCAGGAGGUUGCUGCGCGUCGAGUUUACGACGAGUUUCAAGGUACGCUUUUUUGGCGAUUCUCUUUUCUAAAUCCGCUCUUUGCGUUUGGGAAAUAAUGCCAAACUUGUGGACAACUGGCACACGAUUGAUCGGCAUUUUGUGCUAGUUUUAGAUGCCUUUUUCGGACAAAAGUGUUCGAAUUACGCCGAAAAGUUGGCAAAUACGGCCGCCAUAUUGUUUUCAGAACUGUUGCAUAUAGCAACGGAAUGGAAAUCGACCUGCGAACAGGCGACUAAUUCUUGCCGCCCGUUUCUGGGUUUCUGGUAAAUAUUUAUGAAAAUAAUAGCGAGAACAAUGAAACAUUUUUUACAAAAACUUUCAUAUUUACAAUGCAUUUAAUAAAUAUGCAAGCAGUAUUUCAUUUACACACUAUUAUUUACUUGUUAGUUGGAUACUGAUAUGCAUUUUAAAGCCCAUUUCCACUCAAGAAAAAUUUCCACGGACAGAAAAUUUUCGGAAAAUAUCAUUGUUAAAAGUUGAAAUUUUUUCCCACGGAAAAGUUGUCUCGGCCAAUCACAUUUUACAAUUUUUUUCCGCGUAAAAUUUUCUUGAGUGGGAAUGGGCCUUUAGGACAUGCAAUUAAAUUAACGAAAGGUUGUGGCUAUAUCUGACAAAAUAUUUUCUAUUUCAUAGGCGUACGAGACAGACCACCCCCCCCCCCCAACUUCAGAAAACCUUAUUUUAUUCGGGCAAACUUUUAAUUGCCAACCUCCACCCCCGGAAUGCGUCAGGCCCGUAUGUCUAUUUGCAAUGAUAGUUUGUUCACAGUUUAUAAACUGUUAAUAAACAGUUAAUAAACAGUUUAUAAAUUCCUAUUUUAUUAACUGUGGUUUGUUUUACAAUUUAUACGUUCACAGCAAUCUGGUAUAACAUCAGACAUGUCUUGCUACUCUUGUUUAAUUAAGUACUGUAAAUGAAUCAGUAAUCCAUGAACAAAUUACAUUCACGACCCAACAUAUCAACACUCCAGUCUAGUUCUGGUGUCUUUAUCACUCAAGAUAAUAGACUGGAUUGGAGUGUCGAAACAUUGGUUCGUGAAUGUAAUUUGUUGUGGGAUUAAAUUUAUUUACAAUAUUUUAAGUCUUGAACCAAAGUAGGGGUACUUCCUCGGGUAGAAGAAUUUGCAUCACAGAUUACGUCAUCAGUUAGUUAUAGUGAUUAGUGUUGGGGUUAGGGUAAGGGUUAGGGUUAGGAUAAGGGUUAGGGUAAAAGUUAGAUUAAGGAUUAGGCUUAGAGAUAGGGAUUGGGUUAUAUCUGACGCCACAAACAACAUAACUAGCCGAUCACGUGAUCAGUUCUCCUCUACCCGAGGAACUAUCCCAAAGUAGCGAAGCAACACGUGUCAACACAGAGUCCAGUUUUAUGUAGCGCUCAGACCACGCAGUAAGGUGUUCAGUAAGAUGUUCAUGUCAGUCCUUAUCACCACCACUUGAUAUCCUACAUUUAUCCUCUGCUGUACCGUUGUGUACAUCGUGUUUCUGAGGUGAGCCUUCGGGAGACGUUAUGUACGGCUGUUCUUCGCCAACUGGAGUUGUUCUUUUCAUACUCUGAAAGAUACAGGCAAUAAGUUCUUUGUACGUUUGCAUGGCGAUAUAACAUAUAAUAGUUUUGUUUGUGGAAACACCACGUAAAUUUAUUACUGCAAAGCUUUCGAUCCGUAAGCCCGGAUCUUCAUCAGUGCUAAUAAUAUGUACUAAUAAUAUAUAACAAGCUUGGCAGCAAUACAUAUACGUGGCGUUUCCACAAACAAAACUACUGUAUUAUAUACAGGCAAUAGUUGAUCACUACGAUUCAUAAUCAGUGAACUGUCACUUUACUUUGCUCACAGAGAAACGUCCGUGGCGAUUGUGUCGGAGGAACUACCGUUCAACUUUGCGAACAGUGCUCUGCAUUUAAUUCUUGCUCCAGACUCGAAAUAGAAGUAAAACAACGAGAACCUGCCAGAAUGCAAUUUCUACCUUUGGACUGGUCGACUCGUUUGAAUCGCUUCGUUGAUCUUGAGUUCCUCCUUUCGUAUUUGUUGACUGAUUAUCCCAACACUGUUGUCGUUUCGGGUCCUACAAAAGAAUGGAUAUAUCAGAAUUAUGAAUGAAACAGAGCCUGAUUGCUCUUAGAGGAGUACCAUACCUUAUCUUAUAAUAUAUGUGUGAUGUUACUCUGAGUGUAUAUCCACACCGGGCGAGCCUGAAAAAUAUGCCCGGCCACGGUGGGGUUCGAUUCCCACCGUGGCCGGGCAUAUUUUUCAGGCUCGCCCGGUGUGGAUAUACACUCAGAGUAAAAUCACAAAUAUCAUAUUCACCUGAGUACACAACACCAACACAGAAAAAAUCAUAUUACUAGAUUACAUUGGUAUUGAAGGAACUAGAUUCUGUUCCGAAAUAUCACUUACUCGAACCGUCCUGACCGCGUAGCUCAGUUAGCAGAGCAUUGGGCUGGUAUUCCAAAGAUCGUAGGUUCGAUUCCCACCGUGGCCAGGCAUAUUUUUCAAGCUCGCCCGGUGUGGAUAUACACUCAGAGUAACACCACAAAUAUCAUAUUCAUCUGAGUACACAACACCAACACAGAAAAAAUACCUUAUCUUGGCCUCGUUUCCGACGAAAUAUCUUCAAUGACUCUCUAUUGAGUGCAGUGUUGGUAGGUAUGUUGAGAUCAUCGGAGCUGUAACGUUGUCCUUGGAUAUGCGGUGCUUUAGGAUCAGAUCUGUCAGGAUACGAAGAUGAGAGGUUAUCCUGCGCGGGGGGUGAUGGUGUGCGUACAAGAUAAUGUGAUCCAGCCUAGAAAGCGAGUAACAGAACAGACCAGUUUGAGAUUGCAAUCACACAUGCUUAAUACAUAAACCUAAAAUGCUAAAACCGCAGGCAAACUAGGAAACAUUCUUUCCUAGCCAUGUUUCCCGAAGGUGAGCAAAGUAGGAAACAUUGUUUCCCAGCCAUGUUUCCAAGCAAGCAAGCCAGGCAAGAUUGUUUCCUUGCCACGUUUCUCAAAGGUUGGAAAUCACGCGAAACAAAUUUCCUUUACACGUUUCCCAAAAGUGAGCAAGCCAGGAAACAUCUCAAUAAUCAUUCUUGGAGAACAAAGUAUAAUUCAGAAUUUGUCAGGAAACAUUUAGCUUCCUGGCAAGCGAAAGCUGUCUUCGAAAUUUUGUUUGAUAGGAUGAGCAAACGGGGAAGCAGUCGAAACAAAAGUGAAGAAAUAGUACAAUCAACGGUCAAAUAAACCAUGGUAAUACUAGGCACCUUUUGCUGGUCGGUUGUAUGUGUUAUGUCUUCUUGCAAAGGACCAUUCCCUUUAUAUGAACCAGAAUCCGUGCUGACGUCAGCGUUGCUAGGGUACUUGGUCCGCCGCGGGAUUGCAGGCAACAGUUGUCUUGAACGUCCUUUGUAGUAAUGUCCAUCAGAACCGCGCAGGAAGUCGAGGACGGAAACUUCACGUACCAAUUUUGGCACAAAACGUACAUCAUCACGAACUAGAUUGAAAUGAGCGAGCUGAACAUCAAAUAACAACAAACAUGAACACAAAAUGGUACAGUAUUCUUCCUCUGAUCUACAUGUAUCUACCCGGACUAAAUCUUUCACUUCUUACCUGCCGUACUUUGGUUGAACUGAUGAAAUUUCGUGGACUUUCUGAGCUGUGAAUUGAUAACAGUAUGGCUUCCACCACAUGGCCUGUUAGAAACGAGAUCUCGUAUUGUAGCACUCUCCUCUGCAUUGUAACCGCCUUUCAUUGACUUUUGACGCAGCUGAAAUCAUACAGCGCAGCUUAAUAUGUGUGUACUAUAUGUAACUCGUGUACUACACACUAAAAAAUGUUUUUGAAACGAGAAUUAAGGCCUAGAGUUAAGAGGAAGUGUUAGUCUACUUUUAUGACUGGGAAUCGAUUAUUGCAAUAUGUAGUUGUGUGGUUAUAACUUCACCUCAAUCGCAUGUGAGAAGAUUUUGACGAUACCAAAACUCGCAGGUUUUCUCCUAGUAAUCGGUUUCCUCUUGUAGUAACACUGCAGGAAUUAGGAAAGGACCUAACUGGAUGUUUAGGGAAUACAAUUUAAAACUUACAGAGCUAUAAAUAUAUAGUCGAUUUGGUAUUAUGAAAUUCUUUCGCUAUCUUAAGCUAUUCGAAUACUAGAAAAGAACUAUUUCACAAUUGAAAAACCAAAAAGCUUAAUGAUAACUCAGUUAUGAACAUACUUGUUCUACUUCGUAAGAAGUAAAAGGAAUUUUCAUUCUUCUAAGUGGCAAACUCUCGCUCUCUGGAAGGGCUGGUUCUGAGUCUCGGAGUGGCAACUCUACAGGACGGUUACAUGAGAUACAGUGAUAGUGUAUCGGGAGUUUACGUCGGACUCCGGCGGCAUCUGUCGCGUCCACGCGUGUCUCGCGCGCGAUUUUGUCACGCGAUUCCUGAACGUCUUUGAUUUGUUUCUCUGAAAGAGGAAGUGAGAAUUUCAUUGAAAAGAUUAAGUAUAAGUACUCUCUGGUGCGGUGUCAAAACACUUACCAAAAUAAUCUUUCAUUAAUUGCAGAGAAUCGUUGUCAAUCUUCCCUCCCAUCUCGCGUGAAAUCCUAGACAAUGUGUCUUUGAGCGCCAUUUCUUCAUUCAUAUAAUCUUCCAUUUUCUGCAACGCCUCUUGUAAACCUAAACAGGUAAAAUUGAACUAAACUUUACUAGCAUUCCUGCAGACUUUCCUGCUGCCUUAGAAUCAGUUGUACAUCGCCAACCAUUGAAUAUUUUCAACCACUUUAUUAUUAUCACGCUUUUCUCCCUCCCUUGAAUCCAAUUCUAUAAUAUUUCCACAUUAUACUUUCUGUAUACCCACUGAUUGCCCAACGUACCUCUAUCAAACAUUUGGAAAGUCUCAUCGAAAGUGCUUUGAUUCACUUUGCCAUCCAAAGCAUGUUUAUCAGCCUUGAUGUCCAUCUCCGUGGCGACAUUUUCUCGGUCGGCUUUUCUCUCUUGUAGUCGUUCAGCGUAUUGGAACAAGUCGUCGAUAAUUUUCUGAAAGAAUCAGGAAAGUUUCGAAAAUUAUAAAUAUAUUCAUUUGCCUCCAACUACAAGACUAUACUGCAUUCAAUUAAGAGUAUCAUUUAUCUAUGCCUCAGAGUGCUGAUCGAAACCAAUUACAUAUAUAAAACCGCAUUACAAAAAAAAAGCAUGCACAAAAGCGAAGCAAAGCCUACUUGUUUUUCAUCCAAAUUUUCUAGUAUUUUAUCUACAUCCUCCUUGCUCUUCGAAACCAUCUUCUCUUGUUCCUGUUCGACACUGUUCAACUUCUCCCGCACCGAGUUCAAUACUUCCUGGUCAUAACUGGGGACGUUACUUUCGGGUUCCUUCACUUCUCGGAGUUGAUCGAGUCUCUUCAGAUGCUGGGAAAACAUGGCAAGUUCUGCUUUUAAACUGUCGAUGUUUUCUUUAUUUUGUACUGAGGUGUCUUUAAUAGUUGCCAACAUCUGCAGAUCUUGGUUUGUAUUUAACAUAUCGAGACCUAAAGGAUAAAAAUGGCAAUGUUUUUCAUGAACAAUCUUCGAGCACUUUGUUUGUUAGUUCUACUAAAUUGCUAAAGAACGGCUUUCGCUGGAAACGUUUAGUUUUUAAUCUCUUUUAACAACCAAAACAACGAAAGUUUAUCGUAAAAUACUACCUAUAUAUACUGGACUAACCUUGCUUCAACAUGUUAAUUUGUUCCACUAAAUUUUCUGGUAACUGAAGAUCUUCUUUAUCGACUUUUCUUGGCAGAAUAUCCACUUCAACUUUAUGGACUUCACUAGCAAGCUUGGUUUGUAAUUCAGACAUCAUCGAUACCUAGGUUUAAACAAGAAUAUGGUUGGCUUAGAAGCAGUAAGCAUAUCAGCCAGUGUCACUGUAGGAAAUCUAAUUUUUCCAUGUUACUAAAAAAGGAAUCUCACCUGGACCGCUACGUCAUCGUACUGUUUUGGCAACUCGCCAAUCCGGUUUAACUGGUUAAGAAAUUCUGGUGAAGGUUGUGUGAUCGAUUCCUUAGUGUCUUCUCGUGAUAAAACAUUACCAUUUAGAUCUCGGUCCAGUGAAAUUUCACCAAAGCUGUUUUCUUUAGAGGAUAAUGAGUCUUUUACGUCUUCGUGAGCAGUGAACGCGUUCAGUUCAUCUGGGUUCUGACCAGUAAGCUAAGAUUACAAAUUGGUGAUAGGUCAACGCUCACAACAUGCACUUACAGUAUCAGAGGCUGUUAAAGUUAACUUUAGUUGGUGCGAAAGUUGAGUAAUCAAACUCGCGUUAACUACUAUUUAACUACAAAAUUUUGGUUAAAGAGUACGUUAAGAGUUUUAUACAACCGGUCCCAGGCGUGCUUCGUUACUUAAUUGUUUUGAGUAAAUUAAUGUAAUCCCGAUUCUGGCCGUUACAGUAAGUACGCUAUCAGUUUGUUUGACGGAUAUGUUCGUUGGUUGGUUGGCGAAUUUUUGACUAUUUCAAGACUGGCAUGCGUGCAUGCAAUGCUUGACGUCCAGUGGUCCGUUUGCGCUACAUAUGCGUGUUUUGUACAAAGAUAUACGUGACAGCUACACCAGAUGGUACGCGAUUUAGGGAGGAAUAAAUGAUAGCACAGCGGUGUACAAAAAUGCGAAAAGGAAUUAUAUGCGCGUGGAAAGGAUCGCAACACCAACGGACCAGAGUUGAUUAAUUAAACACACAGUUUUGAAAGAGAUUGUCUUUUUUCACAUGGUCUAUACAGUCAGGAUCGGUGCUGAUACGAUUAGCAGAGGACUAUGGGAUGUAUCUCAUACUCAAAUGUUUGACUAAUUCCUUACCUUUGUAAAUUCGUUUGGACUCAUGGCAGUCCUAGGCGGUUCUUUCUCGAUAGUGACAUCGCGUGGACUCGAUGGCAAAGGUGCUGUAUCUGGUCUUUCAGUAGACAUACGAUGUGCUUCAUUAGUGACACCUUUGUUUUCCAUUUCUCUUUUAUUUAAAGCUUGUUCCAGAGCACUCCAUGUCACAAAUGGUGCAAGAUCUUUCUUAAGUGCAACUCCAUCUAACGAUUCAAACUUUUAAACAGAAAGGAGUCGGCUUAUACAAAUGGUAGUCAAAUAUACUGUAUUUAUGUAAUAUUUUCAGAAUACGCUCAUUGUAUAGGAACAAGGUUCCUAACAUUGCAUUCAUGUUCCCAAGGCACUCUGAGUGCGUCAGGUUCUACUUCAAAAGGUAUUUGAGCAGAACAUGGAACACAAUCGAAUUGGAUUGCUAUCUGAGACAUCUGAACCAGACCAUCCAGUGAAUUCUCCUGCCAUUUUCAACUGUUCAUUAUGUAACUCAUCUGGGCUGUUAGAGGUAUGGUAUACUGUACUAUGGUCUAUAUUUAGUAUUUUAUAGUACUGUAUAGGGGUUUUCCAACAUCAACUCUAUCUACUAGUACAAAACUGUGGCAUUCCUUUUCAAAUUUUCCAUUGUAUUUCUAUCUGUAUUUGAGGUACAUCUACUCUAAAUCUACUCUAAUUCACAAAAGUUGAAAUGAAGAUUCAUACAAGAAUACAGACAGUCUAAUUAUAGUGCGGUUCGAUGGGACGAGAGACUAAUAUACUUACCUUUUCUGAAUUAAGUUCUAACCCUCCACCACUUUUCACAGCAUCAAACUCUCCUGCCAUUUUCAAUUGUUCAUUAUGUAACUCAUCCAGACGUGACUUGACCGUUUUCAAUUGUCCAACAUCCUCAAUCACAUCAUUCAAAAUGUUCAUGACUUUCUCGACUGCUUCCUCUGUCGCUUGCACUCUCCUGUGUAUUGUCAUGUAUUUCCACAUCAUGGAUAAUGUGUUUUCUUUAUCUGUCUGAGCAGUUUGGCUAUCGUCAGAUUGUGUGGUUUGUGUGAGAAAUGACUUAUCUGCUGGUAGAUUGUUUAAAGCAUCUAACUUUGUUUCCAUCGAAGCCAGUCUUUGUUCGAGUUCAUUCAGUUUUGAGUGUUCAUUGCCAUGGCUGAUUAAAACAUUUGGUUAAUAAUGAAUUUUAAUACAUAGUUAUCAAUCAAACUAUUUAACCAUUAAUGUACAAAACGUCUGACAUUGACAUCUUGCAUUAGAGGAAGUUAAACAACAAAGUAGGGGCAAAUUAAGGUGCAUUGCAGCUGAAUGAUCGAGUUAAUGCUGUACCAUUAAAUACUGUAGGUUAAUGCUGUACCCUAGCUUUUCCCUGACAAAUAAAAUCCUCUGGUAUUGGGAUGCAUCAGGGCACAUUACACCUUAAUGGGUUAACACAAGACCUGCAAAGAUAGUCUGGUUUUAAAACUCAUUUUGAAAUGCCCGACACUUAUCUGGGAAUGAUAGGGCACAUUGCAGCUCAACAGUUAAUAUUUAAUAAUGCAUCAGAAUCAUAGAUAUCUUAUCAGAAUUCACUACAGAAUCAAAACAUGUAUGAAAAACAAUCGGUUAACAUGUUGUUAAUAAAACAUAUCAUUAAAAAUUUAUUACAGAGACUCAUUUCUUUUGUGCGGCAAAUCCUUAAGCACGCCGAAAUAUCCACACUUAAGCCACGAGUCAAUAAAGAGAGUCAUUUCAAAUGAAAAAUAUCGGGCUUAAUAAACCCAAUUACUCGUAAAUAAGCCGUUUGAGGCACGAAAUUUUAAGACUCACUUUGUCUAGGCAGCUGGCUAAGUCGUAAAUAUUUAAUGUAGUUAAGACAGUAAGGGGUUUUAUAUAAGACAUUUCCUAGCUACGUACCCCCCAAAAAACUUCAUAUACAAAAAGAAAUUAGUAAAUAAUUACCAUAUGUAUAUUUAACCUAGUAACUUUAGGCCUAUUUUAUGGCUAUAAUUCUUGCUUCCUAGUAUUAGAAAUACCCCCAACGUAUUCUACAUGCAUCGUUAUCUAUAUGUUUCAUUUCUAAACAGAGGAAUGUCUUACCUCUGGACGUUUGUGCGGGAGUUGGUAGCCCCGAAAUUUUCGUGCGACGCUUCACUGUCUGGUUUGGAUAUUCGACUAGUGUCUAAUUUCGUUUCUGAUAAAUAAUCCGUUUCCUCUUUUUGUAUACCCUUAGUUUCGUUGGCAAUGUUCUCCUUGGCUGUCUUUUUAUCCAGAUGAUUUAGUAUUUCAUGUAGAAGUGAAUGGAGUAUGUUUAAGUUGACAAUUCCUUUCUCGGGAUGUCCCAAGGCUGAAUCGAUCAUACCGCGUAACUCUAAGUAUUGAACCCCCAUUUUUCCUGUAAAAAGCCUUUCCAGACUUGCUUUAUUCUCACCAGAGAUCAAGCAAUGCGCUUAGCUUGACAAUGUUUGACAAAUGACUGCGAAAUCAUUUAUUCUAAGCUUUGUUUCUAUAAACUCCAAGGAUCACGUUUGUUUACACUUAUCACGAAGGCCAAAGAUUAGACUUUAAAUUGCGGGCAUGCAGGUUAAAGCCUCGUUGGCGAGCCUGCAGAACGCGAGAACACAAAAAGUCAGCACGAAAAAGCGAAAACGCUCAAGAUACAUUCGUUUAGUUCGUUAUUCAUCGUGAUGGAUUCGGGUAAAAUAACAUGGCGGUCGAUUUGAAUUUUUUAUAUGAUGUGAACGUAAUUUUUAAUAAAACGUUUUACUUUAUUCUACAUAUUGAUAUUGCUAUUAAAUAUGACUAUGCACGCAGGUACAGCCACUGAUAGCUCGUAGAAAACGUCUUGUUUAGGUUUUCUGACAGGCAAACCGACUAUGUUUUUGUGAUAUUUGAAUAUCAAUGACAAUGGCACAUAAAAAUCCUUUGUAUAAUCAGAAUUUGCAAGUUAGCAAAAUGUAAACAAGAUAAGGGGUCUAUUUCUCGCUGUAUUUUUACAUUAUUUUGUACAACUUAAAAGACACAUUUGACUCCUAACAUUCACAAAUAUGACUACUCAAUGAAAAGAAAAAAGAUUGUGUGUGAGACUUGUCUGAUCUGGUACACAUCUACCUUUAUGUUCAUCAUGUCAUGAGGCAUCGUUCUGACACACACAAUAUAAACACCUAAUCUAUUAAAAUUACUUUAAAUUAUUUUUAACAGAGGGUUUCCUGCUGUUAGCACCAUCUUAACGUUUGGUGUGGAAGCCAGCUGACAUUCACUGCGGCUUUGCUAGUUCAAGGUCUUCCAGGAUAACGGCAUUGAACUGGUAUGCAGGCUUGUUUCUGUUGGAUUUCAAGCUAUUAUUGUUGUUCUUUGUGGUAUAAUUGUUCUUCAUUCCCCUUGAUCUGCAGUUUCUCUGAUUUCUUUCGGGUUCUAAAUACAAUUUGGUUUGCUUUGAGGCUGAGCUACCAUUGUUGUUCUUUGUGGUGUUGUUUUGAAUCACGGUAAGAGAUUCUGGCUUGUUGAAAUUUUUCUUUGCGAAUGUUGGUGUAACUGGAAUACUGGAUUUUCUGCGGUUGCCGUCACUGGUUGAUAGUGUACCACCUACAAAAAAUCAAAGAUAUAUAUUUGUGAUAAACUCUAUAUGAACAGAGAAAAUCACUCAUCUGAGAAUACUGAGAUGUGUAACUGUCCUUGGGAUAAUCACGUGAGUCGACCUUAACAGUGCUAGACACUUUGUGACCUUUCUCUUUACUCCCACUCCUCUCCCCCAUCCGCUUAAGCUUCGGAUAACAAAUGGUUUGAGGACAAAGAAAAAUGGAAAUGCAAGCAAGCCAAAUAAUGUUUGGCAACGUAUUCUUACUUACAUGUAUUGUUAACCACAAUCUUUGUUAUGUGCUUGGCUUCACGAGCUUUCUUUUCCCUGCUGAUUGCUUCAUGGAUCUUGAAGAUGAAAUAAGUAACAGUUGUUAAUCCACUGUAGAUUACUACCUGAAAAAUAUAUCUUAAACCUAGUGGUCCAGUGUAAGUAGUAUUCUACAUUUAGCUGCCUUAGUUUGUGUCUGAACUACUUGAAAAAAACUUUAUUAGGAGAAUGUGACCACAACAUCUUCCCUAAGACCAAACGUACCUUUUUAUUUAUAAGAACAUGAAAAACAAAUAUCAUCAUUCCUUGUAGAGAAUUACAUAUGGCGAAAAGAUAUUUAAACACAAUCGUAUCUCGAUUGAAAACCAGUAGUCCAAAAACCCACGUUAGUCCAAGUAAUGGAAGUAGUAUGGCUGAACCUUUGAGCCCGAGUUUUGCUUUUCUUAAUGUUGUUCCAGCUGUUGCUUUAGUUGAGCCAGUACUGUCUUUUGUUGAACUUAGUGAGCGAGCUGUGUUUACUGUGCUGGACGAUAAUGCACUUCGCAAGGCCAGAACGAAGAUCACCAGGUUGAUCUGAAAAGAAAGAGAGAGAUAAACAUAGCAUAAAGCGUCUAUUACGUGUCGUUACGUUUAUAGCUGGAGGUUUUUAAAGGCUUUUAGAGUGGCUAAUCAUAUCCCUUAUCACACUCAGUGAAAACUAUUAAUGUUCCAUUUUCGAAAGUUGCCAUGUCUCUUUCGGAACUUUGCUCUUGUUUCCUUUUUCAUGUCGAUUAUAAAAUUUGCGCAGAUGAGAUUUCGUAUGGUAUGUUGCUUUUUAUACCCAAAACUUCGCUAUUUCAACUCAAUUUCCCUUGUGCGAAUUCACCGUAAUAUGGUCACUUUAGUAUUCCAGUGAAUAGAUAAUCAUGCAUGGUUUUUCUUUCCGUAUUUUAUAAACUUGACAAAACAACGUACAUUGGUAGGUACUAUGAUGUACUACACUUCUCCCCGUCUAAGCUUACCAGCAAGAUUAGGCCAAUGGUACCAACAAAUGUCCAGAACAACACGCCAUCACCACGGCACCAACACGCGUGCUUGGUUAUAAAAUCUUUUCGAUCAUUGAGCGCGACCAACACCGCUACAACUGCAACUGGAAUACCUAAAGUAGAACAGGCGAUAACAGCAUUUGUUAAAGUGUAUUUGGGAAAUGCACUCGUACAGUACUGUUAACAAAACAAUUCAUGCCCCAACAUUUCGGCACUUCUUUUGUUUCGCUGUAUUAUUUUUCUUGAUGCCAACGCAAGAUGCGAUCAUGAUAUGCAUCACAGUCCUUUAUCACUUAUCCCAAAACAACUUACCCCAGCCAAUCACAUAGAACACCUUUAGAUGUUUUCCUCCUAAACCCAAUCCCGUAUAGACGUUAACAAGUUGAAGAUAAAUGAUGACUCCUUCACAUAACAUCCAUCCAAACACCGCAAGAACAAAGAAAUAUAAUAAUAUGGACACGGUUGUACAGAAUGUCUAGAAAGGGAAAGCAUAAAAUAAUAGUGUUAUUAGCCAGGUAAUUCUCCUUAAUCAUUUAGCUAAUACUUGGCUUGUAUGCUGUGCCAUGGUGUAGAAUACUUUGACUUCAUGUUUAAUGCUAAUAAUGCCUCAAAAAUCGUAUAAACACUUGUGAUAGAACUAGGUUUUCUUCUUUUGUACCAGUUGUUCAUAUUUUGAGGACAAACUGAGGAUUAUUGGCCUUAGCAGAGUGUUUGGACUACAGCGGGCCUUGCCUAUAUGCAGAUUUGCUGCUAAAAUGCGCAGGUUUUUAUUGUCUUUUACUUGUUGUGAUACUAGUAUUCAAUCAUUUAACUGAUCAUUCAAUAUUGCCAAAUCUUGGUACCACUCUCUAAAGUCCGUAGUUUCCAUAGGACUACAGAAGUAAGGUGCGGUCAAUAGUGUCAAUGCAGGCGUUUUUGAAAAAGAAACCUCAUUUUGGAGCGUCUGAUCACAGGUUAAGGUUUAAGGUCAGUGCCUAGCUACCUCAUAAUUGUGUGCAGGUCCUGCCAGGAUAGAGAGAAUAUCCGUCAUUCCAAUGGCUACACAGAGAUGCAUGAGAACGUGGGAAGGCACUUUACUCUUGACAUUUUGUUGAAGUCUCCUCCACAGCAAGACGUGUAUGAGUAUGGUCAGAAAUAUCCCAAACAACGACACAGAACACCCUAUAGUCGAUAUUAACUCCAAUGCUCGCCUUUCAUUUUUACUUACCUUGACGUAAAUAUAGAAUAUAGAGCAUAUAUUUACAGUAAAAACCCAACACUGUAAUACGUAUUAUCAAGCGACUUAAGCUGGACUGGACCUAGAUGCAUGUUACAUCAUUAUAAACCCUUUGUUAAAUUUCUGGACAAGCCACUCAAUCUAAAAAAUAUACUUAUAUAUGACCGUGGUCUGUCUACCAAUUGAGAUUUUCAAGUCAAUUUAGAGCAAUUGGAGGGAAUACAAAUUCAAAUCGAUAUUCAAAUCGAUAUCGUUGGGUUUUGUUAAAAAGAACUGUUUUAAAGCUCUUUGAAUAUCACGGUAGAAAUUUUUAAGUAUCGAACAUUGUGAGCCUAAAAUCUUACCAUUUCUCUAGAAAUAUCCAUAGCAGCGAAGGCUGUAAGAUGGUCACAUUCACAUAUCAAGCUGUCACUCUCUGACUUGUGUUUCACUCUUUUACAUCCAUCUGUUUUCCACUUUUCAUUUAAUUCUGGUUUCCAAUAAACACAUGUUGUAGAGUCGUUCUAAAGGUCAAGAAAAAAUUUAGCGUUGUCUUCAGUUACUACAUGGCGUUGUAUUUGUAUUUAACAAAUGUCUUCUAUUGCAUUCCUUUGUGGUUGGCUUUAAUGUACUACCUUGAUAUUAUAUUCUGCUCUAUUUUAUUCAAUUAUUUUCAUUCACUUUUAGUCGAAAACAAAGUAGACUUGAAUUACCAGUUCUUUUAUGUUCCAGCUGAUACGAACAGGUUGUAGAAACUUGUCUUUCGGUCCAGGUCCAACACUUGCAGUCAUGAUCUUGCUGUUAAUUUUUGCAUAACUAUGAUCAUCGUCAAGACUGGUUGUUAGAAAGGAAUUUAUUGUUUCAUACCACAAGACAACGACUACAGCGCCAGAACGUUGCGGUAAUGCAUCGGGCGAGAGGUUGAAUGAUGCAUCUGGAAACUUGAACAAUCUUUCUGCCUCUGACAAAUUAUCUUCUCGUUUUAUGAAUUUAACGUACAGCUGUACGUUUGAAUGGUUUUGAAAUAUAGUCGAAGUAUUUGUGUUAUUUUUUAAGUGUUCUCCAUAUUGGAAUCCAUAAUUUUCCAAGGUAACGACUAGAUCACGAAUCAGUUUAUCGUCCUAGAAGGAAUAGCAAGGGAUACAUCAAGUAGCCGUGAGAUACGUUAAAAUGUCACACAGACGUUCAGGAAAAGGAAAAAGAGAAGGCCAGAAUGGAAUGGGUACAUUGUGAGAAGAAAAGAUUCAUUGAAGGUAGCAGGCUUAGUGGAAAGGCGACGAACAACUGGAUAGCAGAGGAUGAAAUCGAGAGAUAAGAGACAUGUUUCUCCUACAACUAAAAGAGAGGAUACGUACCACAUGGCCGACCGCCCUAUCAUGCAUGGAUAAACGAAGAAGAAGAAAAGCCCGAACAAAGGACUUAUUCUUUCUUUAGAAAUAAUUCAUUUCUAUCACUAACUCACCUUCAUGUUUCUCCACGAUUUUGUAUUUCUACUGUCCAGUAUGUUGUUUGCUGGACCCAGUAUGUUGAGAUUGCUAUCAGAAAUAUUUAAAGCAACGAUCUUUUGAAGUAUUGUGACUGCAUGAUUAAGAACUUGCUGUUCCACUCCAUUUUCGUCCAUCUUAUCCAGGUCUGUUAAGUUUGACAAUUGGUUGAUGAUUUUUUGCACAACUAUUUUUCGGUAUUCGUUUGAUAUGUUCUUACGAUGAAGCUCGUCGACCUGAAAAUGAAAUUAUAAAACUGAUAUCAAUUUUGGAAUUUCCCGCAGGAUUUUAAAUUAAUAAACAACAAAUUUUCCAAUGUUCGGAAAUCGAAAAUAGAGCAAUUUUCUGCGCAUUUUUUUCACUGCAGUUUGCCGAAAAAGCCGUCAAUGGCGGCAACUUGUGAGCUUUUUAAGUGUUCUAAAUAGCUGUUGUUACGUUUUAACACAAAGUAGAGUAGAGUAGUAAGUUGUUUUAUAUAAAAAAAGUACCACGAUCACAUGUUUAUAGUCUUUUUUGAUUGGGAAAGUCUUAAAUUUUUCUUCGCGAGUGGUCAACUUAACGGGUUACCUACUUGGUAAUUUUACAAAUGGACCGCCUUGCCAUAUAACAAUUGUACUUAACAUCUGUUGAAAGCACCUGUUCGUUGCCAGUUGGAACAAUUAUUUUGUUGCUCGUAAAUUUCCACUUCACUUUGUUUAAUUCGGACUGGAUUAGGUUUUUAGUUCAACUAAACAUUGCUAGAAGAUGAAAUCCAAUCCACUCCCGGGAAAGAUUAUUUAGAUAGGUCAGUGAGCGGGAAAAAAACUAAGACCGAGUUCAAGCGUUGAACUUUUCAGGUGUUAAACCUAAUGCGAAUCAAUGUAAACAAUAAGCCGUUUGGAUCAUUUACAUGCAUGAGGUUCGGCACAAGAUAAGCGCGAUGUUUAACUAGGCAUAAAUAAUAUUUUCUCUUGCCUCUUUCUCCAAUUCACUCAGCGCGCCUUUCUUGGUGGUAGAAAUUGUAGUCGGAUCUAAACAAACAUAUAAAUGUAUUCCAUCUUUUAAAACGAAACAGAAUUUAACUAUUAUUUUUUUCUUUUUUAUGCACAUAACGCAUCUACGCUUUUCAGUGUAACCUAUGCGACGCGGAUCAUAUCGGAUACACAAGCCGUCUUAAUUUUACCAGUCUUUGCUUUUUGUGAACAGCAAUAUGAUGUCGCACGGUUGUACGUACCUUUUGUGCUUGUAUUUGAUGUCGUCGGGGGCAUAAUUGUAUAUGAUGCACCGGUAUUUGAUAUCGUUGUAUAUCGCAGACUAGUACUUGAUAUCGUUGUAGCUGGUGAUGGAGUAUUUGAUAUCGUCGAGGUUAUCAUUUGUUGCCGUGGCUGUGCGUUUACUAGAAGUAUGAUUGUGUUGUCUUCCAGAAGUAGUACAGUCAUUAUGACUACAACCACUAGAUAUUUUAAUGCCGCCAUUUUUUUGGUGAUGAUGGACGAUGGUGUUAGAUGUGAUUGGUUGAAUGGAAACUAAAUUUAUUGAGAGUUUUUGUCUCUUCUCUUUAUUCUUGAUUCUUCAAGCCUUUUUUGCCAGGCCAGAACGUAUUCGUUAGAAUACAGUAUUAGUUUAAAAUUCAAUAGUUGCUAUAUCACAAGCUCUUGCCGUGUAAAGUGGUCUCUGCUACGAAUAUAUUGUUCCUGAAACUUCCAACGGUCGCAAGUUUGUUAGGAAUAUAGCAAUCUUUCUUGAGUUUCUUGUAAUGAGUAAAUCAGUCACGAUGAGCCUUGCAAGGAAUCUCUUGAGACAAGAACUUUUCCUCGAAACGCAGAACGAACUGAUGUUUCCAAACUCUGCUCUUGUAGAACAGGUGUGGAAAGUUGGAUGCAACUUCAUCCUCGAUAGCACUUGCCAUGAAUUUGAGACAGCUGCGCCGUAUAUAGAAACAACAAUAAAAUCAACGGACGUAAUGGAUGCACUGACAAUAUUUGGUUUUAAAUAUUAGCCAUGUUUUUCUUCAAUAGCCAACGCUAUUGAGUCUAAAAGUACUGCCUGCAUGUAAAAACGUUGUGAAGAAGUAAAAACAACUGCAAAAAAAAUUGAAAAGAAUCAACUAUACGUAUACGUUGUCAAGUCUAUCACGCGUAUAAGACAGGUUUUAAGGGCUUAAGGGCUGAAAUCCAAACACAGACGUGUAGUCAGACGUCUUUUGUAAAUGAUUAUCCAGUAACAGAACGACAUUCAUGACGUUUAUGAGUAGGUAUUUGCAGCGAAAAGAAAGGUUAUUUUUAUUAUCGAUUCUAGAAGCGUGACCGGCACUAGUACGUAUGCACCUAAAGAAAAACAACACAAAUAUUUGUUUGCUCAGAGCUUCCACCUAAAAGUGGUGUACAUAAUUCUGUUUGAGAAGUUGAAUAAUUUCGACUCGCUAUAUAAGGAAGUUAUUCUCAUCAUAAAAAAAGCAUUGAAGGUAUUCAUAUAAAAUCACCCAUGCAAAAACAACACAAAUAUUUGUUUGCUCAGAGCUUCCACCUAAAAGUGGUGUACAUAAUUCUGUUUGAGAAGUUGAAUAAUUUCGACUCGCUAUAUAAGGAAGUUAUUCUCAUCAUAAAAAAAGCAUUGAAGGUAUUCAUAUAAAAUCACCCAUGCCAAAGAAAGUAGAAUUAUAGAAUAUUUAGCUGACCUUCGACAUUGUGCAAGGUGUUUUGGUAUUCAAAAUGCACUUUUCCUACAUUCUGAACAGGCAUCUUAGGGGCUGUUUACAUGAUGGAAAGUGGGAUGAUUUUGAUGUAUUUCCAUCACUAAGUUAAAUGAAAGUUCAAAUGCUGGUUAAUUUAAAUUAACAGAACUCAAAUGUUGUCAGUUGUAGACCAUGACUUAUUUCAAUACAUCGAAAUCGUCCCGCCUCAUAUUUCGUCCUGGCAAAGCUGGAUCAUAUAAACAGCCCCUUAUUCAGCGAAUUGUGCAUGCUGCCUUUGAUUUCUUGGGGAUGAGGCAGCACUUUCCUUGCGAUAGUAACUUCUAGUCUAUAUAGGUUAUAUUGAUAGGGUUAUUAUUAUUACAGGUGAUAUUGAUAGGGUUACUCUCGAUAUUAGGUUCUUCCAUCCUUUUAUUUCGAGAUCAGGCCAGGCCUAGAAAGUACAUUUCUAUUCCUGGCAGAAAAAUCCAAGAAUAAAAAAUUUCCUGAGUCAAAUCCACAUCAUUCUACUGAAGUCCAAUAUCUCCAUCAUAAUCUUCAUCUCAUCCUUUGCCUUCCUCUGGAUUAUUCACAUGUUACUGUCAUCCAUUUUAAUGCAUGAUCAAGACAAUCUCAUUUUUGCUUCUUCUAUAUUUCUUAACUUUUAUGUGUGUGACGCAUUGAAAUGACCUUACAUGAAUGACUUGGCCACAAUUAAUGUUAACCGCUUACAGCUAAAGUGCAUGAUACAUACAAUGUAAACACCUAAUCUAUUAAAAUCACUUUAAUUAUUUUUAACAGGGGGUUUCCUGCUGUUAGCACCAUUGACGUUUGGUGGUGGAAGCCAGCUGACAUCACUUCGGCUUUGCUAGUUCAAGAUCUUCCAGGAUAACGGCAUUGAACUGGCAUGCAGGCUUGUUACUGUUGGAUUUCAAGCUAUUAUUGUUGUUCUUUGUGGUAUAAUUGUUCUUCAUUCCCCUUGAUCUGCAGUUUCUCUGAUUUCUUUCGGGUUCUAAAUACAAUUUGGUUGGCUUUGAGCUACCAUUGUUGUUCUCUGUGGUGUUGUUUUGAAUCACGGUAAGAGAUUCUGGCUUGUUGAAAUUUUUCUUUGCGAAUGUUGGUGUAACUGGAAUACUGGAUUUUCUGCGGUUGCCGUCACUAGUUGAUAGUGUACCACCUACAAAAAGUCAAAGACAUAUGUAUAUUUGUGGUAAAUUAAACUUUAUAUGAACAGAGAAAAUCACUCAUCUGAGAAUACCGAGAUGUGUCAACUGUCCUUGGGAUAAUCAAGUGAGUCGACCUAAACAGUGGUAGACACUUUGUGACAUUUCUCUUUACUCCCAUUCCUCCUCCCCCCCCUUAGCUUCGGAUAACAAAUGGUUUGAGGACAAAGAAAAAUGGAAAUACUAGCCAGUCAAAUAAUGUUUGGCAACGUACGUAUUCUUACUUACAUGUAUUGUUAACCGCAAUCUUGGUUAUGUGUUUGGCUUCACGAGCUUUCUUUUCCCUGCUGAUUGCUUCAUGGAUCUAGAAGAUGAAAUAAGUAACAGUUGUUAAUCCACUGUAGAUCACUACCUGAAAAAUAUAUCUUAAACCUAGUGGUCCAGUGUAAGCAGUAUUCUAUAUUUAGCUGCCUUAGUUUGUGUCUGAACUACUUGAAAAAAAAAACUUUAUUAGGAUAAUGUGACCACAAGAUCUUCCAUAAGACCAAACGUACCUUUUUAUUUAUAAGAACAUGAAAAACAAAUAUCAUCAUUCCUUGUAGAGAAUUACAAAUGGCGAAGAGAUAUUUAAACACAAUCGUAUCUCGAUUGAAAACCAGCAGUCCAAAAACCCACGUCAGACCAAGCAAUGGAAGUAGUAUGGCUGAACCUUUGAGGCCGAGUUUUGCUUUUCUUAAUGUUGUUCCAGCUGUUGGCUUAGUUGUGCCAGUACUGUCUUUUGUUGGACUUAGUGAGCGAGCUGUGUUUACUGUGCUGGACGAUAAUGCACUUCGCAAGGCCAGAACGAAGAUUACCAGGUUGAUCUGAAAAGAAAGAGAGAGAUGAACAUAGCAUAAAACGUCUAUUAGGUGUCGUGAACACUUAUAGCUGGAAGUCUUUUAGAGUGGCUAAUCCUGUCCCUUAUCACACUCAGUGUGAUAAGCGACAGUUCCAUUAUCACACUGAGUGUGAUAAUGUUCCAUUUCCGAAAGUUGCCAUUUCUCUUUCGGAAUUUGCUCAGUAUUCUUCCCUUUUUCAUGUCGAUUAUAAAAUUUGCGCAGAUGUGACUUCGUGUGGUAUGUCGCUAUUUUAUAUCCUAUACUUCGCUAUUUCAUCCCAAUUUCCCUUGUUCGAAUUUACUGUAGUAUGGCCAUUUUAAUAUACCGGUGCCGAGUUAAUCAUGCAAGAUUUUUCUUUCCGUAUUUUAUAAACAUCACAAAACGACGUACAUUGGUAGGUACAAUGAUGUACUACACUUCUUCCCGUCUAAGCUUACCAGCAAGAUUAGGCCAAUGGUACAAACAAAUGUCCAGAACAACACGCCAUCACCAGGGCACCAACAUGUGUGCUUGGUUAUAAAAUCUUUUCGAUCAUUGAGCGCGACCAACACCGCUACAACUACAACUGGAAUACCUAAAGUAGAACACGUGAUAACAGCAUUUGUUAAUUAAAGUGUGUUUGGGAAAUGCACUCGUACAGUAUUAUUGUCAAUAAAACGUACAAUUCAUGCCCCAACGUUUCGGCACUUCCUUUAUUUCACUAUAUUAUUUUUCUUCGUAACAACGCAAGAUGCAUCACAGUUCUUUAUCACUUAUCCCAAAACAACUUACCCCAGCCAAUCACAUAGAACACCUUUAGAUGUUUUCCUCCUAAACUCAAUCCCGUAUAGACGUUCACAAGUUGAAGAUAAAUGAUGACUCCUUCGCAUAACAUCCAUCCAAACACCGCAAGUACAAAGAAGUAUAAUAAUAUGGACACGGUUGUACAGAAUGUCUAGAAAGGGAAAGCAUGAGAUGACAGUGUUAUUGCUAGGUAAUUGUCUUUAAUCAUGAAGCUAAUUCGUGGCUGGUGUUGUGCCAUGGUAUAGAAUACUUUGACUACAAUGUUUAAUGCUUAUAAUGCCUUAAAACUUUUAUCAACACUUGUGACAGAACUCGGUUUUCUUCUUUUGUACCGUAUUUUGAAGACAAACUGAGGAUUAUUGGCAUAAGCAGAGUGUUUGGACUACAGUAGGCCUUGCCUAUGCAGGUUUUCUGCUGAAAUUCACAAAGUUUUUAUUGUCUUUCAUUUGUGGUGAUACUACUAUUCAAUCAUUUAACUGAUCAUUCAAUAUAUUGUCAAAUCUUGAUACCACUCUCUAAAGUCCGUAGUUUCCACAGGAUUACAGAAGUAAGGUCAUUGCAGGCGUUUUUGAAAAAGAAACCUCAUUUUUAGAGCGGCUGAUCACAGGUUAAGGUCUAUAAGGUCAGUGCCCUACCUCAUAAUUGUGUGCGGGUCCUGCCAGGAUAGACAGGAUAUCCGUCACUCCAAUGGCUACACAGAGAUGCAUGAGAACUUGCGAAGGUACUUUACUCUUGGCAUUUUGUUGAAGUCUUCUCCACAGCAAGGCGUGUGCGAGAAUGGUCAGGAAUAUCCCAAACAACGACACAGAACACCCAAUAGUUGAUAUCAACUCCAAUGCUCGCCUUUCAGUUUUGCUUACCUUGACGUAAAUAUAGAAUAUAGUGCAUAUAUUUACAGUAAAAACCCAACACUGUAAUAUGUAUUAUCAAGCGACUUAAGCUGGACUGGACCUAGAUGCAUAUUACAUCAUUAUAAACCCUUUGUUGAAUUUCUGGACAAGCCACUCAAUCUAAAAAAAAUAUACUUAUAUAUGACCGUGGUCUGUCUACCAUUUGAGAUUUUCAAGUCAAUUUAGAGCAAUUGGAGGGAAUGCAAAUUCAAAUCGAUAUUCAAAUCGAUAUCGUUGGGUUUUGUUAAAAAGAACUGUUUUAAAACUAUUUGAAUAUUACGGUAGAAAUUUUUAAGUAUCGAACAUUGUGAGCCUAAAAUCUUACCAUUUCUCUAGAAAUAUCCAUAGCAGCGAAGGCUGUAAGAUGGUCACAUUCACAUAUCAAGAUGUCACUGUCUGGCAUGUCUUUCACUCUUGUACAUCCAUCUGUUUUCCACUUUUCAUUUAAUUCUGGUUUCCAAUAAACACAUGUUGCAGAGUCGUUCUAAAAGGUCAAGAAACAGUUCAUAUUUCAAGUUGUUUUCAGUUAUUAGCCUACAUGGCGUGAUAUUCGUAUUUAACAAAUGUAUUCUAUUGCAUUCCUUUGUGGCUGGCUUUAAUAUACUACCUUGAUAUUAUAUUUUGCUCUAUUCAGUUCUAUUAUUUUCAUUCAUUUUCAGUCGAAAACAAAGUAGACUUGAAUUACCAGUUCUUUCAUGUUCCAACUGAUACGAACAGGUUGUAGAAACUUGUCUUUCGGUUCAGGUCGAACACUUGCAGUCAUGAUCUUGCUGUUAAUUUCUGCAUAACUAUGAUCAUCGUGAAGACUGGUUGUUAGAAAGGAAUUUAUUGUUUUAUACCACAAGACAACGACCACAGCGCCAGAACUUUGCGGUAAUGCAUCGGGCGAGAGGUUGAAUGACGCAUCUGGAAACUCGAAUAAUCUUUCUUCCGCUGACAAAUUAUCUUCUCGUUUUAUGAAUUUAACGUACAGCUGUACGUUUGAGUAGUUUUGAAAUAUAGUCGAAGCAUUUGAGUUGUUUUUUAAGUUUUCUCCAUGUUGGAAUGCAUAAUUUUCCAGGGUUGUGACUAGAUCACGAAUCAGUUUAUCGUCCUAGAAGGAAUAGCAAGGGAUACAUCAAGUAGCCGUGAGACACGUUAUAAUGUCACACAGGCGUUUAGGAAAAGAGAAGAAGAGAAGGCCAGAAUGGAAUGGAUACAUUAUGAGAAGAGGAAGAUCCAUUGAAGAUAGCAUGCUUAGCAGAAAGGCGAUGAACAAUGGAAGGCAGAGGAUGAGAUCGAGAGAUAAGGGACAUGUUGCUCCUACAACUAAGAGAGAGGAUACGUACCAUGGCCGCGUUGGCCGCCCACCCCAUCAUGGAUUAAAACGAAGAAGAAGAAAAGCACGGACGAAGGAUUUAGUCUUUCUUUAGAAACCAAUUCAUUUCUAUCACUAACUCACCUUCAUGCACAUGUUUCUCCACGAUUUCGUGUUUCUACUAUCCAAUAUGUUGUUUGCUGGGUCCAGUAUGUUGAGAUUGCUAUCAGAAAUAUUUAAAUCAACGAUCGUUUGAAGUAUUGUGACUGUAUCAUUAAGAACUUGCUGUUUCACUCCAUUUUCGUCCAUCUUAUCCAGAUCUGUUAAGUUUAACAAUCGGUUGAUGAUUAUUUGUGCAACUUCCUUUCGGCGUUCGUUUGAUAUGUUCUUACGAUGAAGCUCGUCGACCUGAAAAUUAAAUUAUAAAACUGAUAUCAAUUUUAGAGAUUUAGGAUGAGUACGAACAUUUAAAAACGCUGGAUUUUACUAAACAACAAAAUUUAGGAUUUUAAUAUUAUUAAAGUUGAAAACAGAGAAAUUUUGAGUGCAAUCUCACUUUAGUUUGCGGCCGAGAAAGCCGUCAAUGGCGGCAAUUCAUGAACUUUUUAAGUGUUCUAGAAAGCGUUUUUUACAUGUAAACAAAGUUUUAACACAAAGUAGAGUGGAGUAGUAAGUUAUUUUACAUAAAAAAUACACCAAAGUAACAUAUUUAUUAUUUAUAGUUACUUUUUGACUGGGAAAGACUAAAUUGUUGAAGAAUACGAAUACUCUCAUCAAGACAUUUCAAAAGCUAUUAUUUUUAGCAUCCGCGUCCAUGUUGUUACGGGAAACAACACAGCCGCUGAUAGUACAUAGAAAGUACACAUAAUAUUUCUCUUGCCUCAUUCUUCAUUUUACUCAGCAAGCCAUGGUCAACUUUCUUGGUGGUCGAUAAAGAAAUUGUAGUCGGAUCUAAACAAACAUGUAAAUUAAGUCAAUCUUUUAAAACGAAACAGAAUUUAACUAUUAUUUUUUUCUUUUUUAUGCACACAACGCUUUGCCACAUUUUUCAGUGUGAUCUGUGCGACACGGAUUAUAUCGCUUACACAAACCGUCUCUUUUGCCAGUCCUUGCUUUUUGUGAACAACAACAUAAUGUUGCAUAGUUGCAGAUACCUUUUGUGCCCGUCAUUGUAUUUGAUAUCGUUGUAUAUGAUGGUUUCAUAUGGUGCAACAAUACUUGAUAUCGUUGUAUAUGAUGCACCAGUGCUUGAUAUCGUUUCAUGUAAUGCAAGAGUACUUGAUAUCGUUGUAGUGGGUGCACCAGUGCUUGAUAUCGUUUCAUGUAAUGCAAGAGUACUUGAUAUCGUUGUAUAUGAUGCACCAGUGCUUGAUAUCGUUUCAUGUAAUGCAAGAGUACUUGAUAUCGUUGUAUAUGAUGCACCAGUGCUUGAUAUCGUUUCAUGUAAUGCAAGAGUACUUGAUAUCGUUGUAUAUGAUGCACCAGUGUUUGACAUAGUUUCAUGUAAUGCAACAGUACUUGAUAUCGUUGUAGUGAGUGCACCAGGGCUUGAUAUUGUUUCAUGUAAUGCAACAGUACUUGAUAUUGUUGUAGUGGGUGCACCAGGGCUUGAUAUAGUUCAUGUGGUGCAACAGUACUUGAUAUCGUUGUAGUGGGUGCACCAGUGCUUGAUAUCGUUUGUAGUGAGUGCACCAGUGCUUGAUAUCGUUGUAGUGAGUGCACCAGUGCUUGAUAUCGUUGUAGUGAGUGCACCAGUGCUUGAUAUCGUUGUAGUGAGUGCACCAGUGCUUGAUAUCGUUGUAGUGAGUGCACCAGUGCUUGAUAUCGUUGUAGUGAGUGUACCAGAAUUUGAUAUCGUUGUAGUGGGUGCACCAGUGCUUGAUAUCGUUGUAGUGAGUGCACCAGUGCUUGAUAUCGUUGUAGUGGGUGCACCAGUGCUUGAUAUCGUUGUAGUGAGUGUACCAGUGCUUGAUAUCGUUGUAGUGAGUGCACCAGUGCUUGAUAUCGUUGUAGUGAGUGCACCAGUGCUUGAUAUCGUUGUAGUGGGUGUACCAGAGUUUGAUAUCGUUGUAGUGGGUGCACCAGUGCUUGAUAUCGUUGUAGUGGGUGCACCAGAAUUUGAUAUCGUUGUAGUGGGUGCACCAGUGCUUGAUAUCGUUGUAGUGGGUGCACCAGAAUUUGAUAUCGUUGUAGUGGGUGCAGUAGGACCCAUGAUUGCAGUGCUGUCUUCCAGAAGUAGUACAAUCAUUAUGACCACAACCACUACACGUUUUGUUGCCGCCAUUUUUUUUGGUGAUGAUGGACGAUGGUAGUUAGAUGUCAUUGGUUGAAUGGAAACUAAAUUUAUAGAGAGUUUUUAUCUUUAUUCUUGAUUCUUUAAGCCUUUUUUGCCAGUCCGCAAGUCUGCGUAUUCGAACGUAUUCGUUAGAAUACAGUUUUAAUUUAAAAUUCGAUGGUUGAUAUAUAACAAGCUGUUGUAAAUUUGUCUCUGCUAGAUAAAAGUCACUAAUUUCGUGGAAUUACGAAUAUAUUAUUCUUGCUGAAACUUCCAACGGCUGCAAGUUUGUUAGGAAUAUUGCUACGUCUCUUCAGUUUCUUCUAAUGAGUAAAGCAGUCGCGAUGAGGCAAGGAAUCUCUUGGGACAAUUAUUUUAUAAGAACUCUUUCUCAAAACGCAGAAUGAACUGAUGUUUCCAUACUCCGCUCUAGUAGAACGGUGUGGAAAGUUAGAGGCAACUUGAUCCUCGAUGGCACUUUUGCUAUGAAUUUGAAACAGCCGUUGUAUAUAAAAACCGACCAAUAAAAUCAACGGACGAAAUACAUCGAUGCACUGACAAAUUUGGUUUUAAAUAUUAGCCAUGUUUUUCUUCAAAAGGAAAACCGGUGAUGACGGUCAGAGAGUCGGUGUAAAAGUACUGCCUGUAGAAACUUUGUAAAGAAGUAACCUAAAAACAGCUGCAGAAAUAAUUGAAAAGAGUCUAACAAAGAGUAACAGUAUACGUUGUCAAGUCUAUCACACAUGAGAGAGGUUUUGAAGGCUUAAGGGCUGAAAUCCAAAUUAACAAGGACUUGUGAAACAGGACGACAUAUGACGUUUAUGAGCAGGUAUUUUCAGAAAGAAAGGUUAUUUUUAUUAUUGAUUUUAGAAUCGUGAUAGCAAUGUACAUAUGUAGAAAAACAACGCAAAUACUCGUUUGCUCUCAGGCACAGCUUCCACCUAAAAGUGGUGUACAGAAUUCUGCUUGAGAAGUUGAAUACAAAAACCCACGCACGCACGUUUUUUAUAGGUUAUAUUGAUAGGGCUCCUAUUGUAGUUCAAAAGUCGCGCUUGUAAUGUGCCGAACCUAACUCGUGUUUAGCAUAAGCGCCACGUUUGAAUAAAUUAAGUUCGACAAGUUUAAUUAAGUUCGACACGAAUAUUAAGUUCGACAAACUGAAGCCUAGUUUCCAUAUGACGCCGACAGUCGGCGAGUUUCAUUGUCGGUGAUUACUCAUGAGUAAAAUCCUUUGUGUAUCUGAAAUCAUUUUCUCCGUCGUUGACUGCCGACAAUAAGUUGGCGGCUGGUCGGCGUCAUAUGGAAACCGUGUCGAACCUAACGUAUUUGGCCGAGAAGAUCUCCAUUCUAUCCCAUGCAUUUUACAAUUAAGUUCGACUCAAUCCAGUUCGACGUUUGAAUCAACCUUCGAAGUAUGCGGAACUAUGCCGAACCUAAAGUGUAUUAGGACGUUUGAACUAGGCCUACGUGACCUUUUAACUGACGGCGGUGUCUCGUAAAUUAAAGUAAUAAAGAAAAUAUUUUCCAAACAGUUCCAAUUUAAAUGAAAUCAAACAGAUGCUCGAUUGCAAGUAUAAGUUUUGGUGGACGUGACGUACAAUUAUGUAGUGCGUUGGCACAAGUCACGUCCACCAAAACUUAUAUUUGCAAUCGAGCAUCUGUUUGAUUUCAUUUAAAUAGGAACUGUUUGGAAAAUAUUUUUUCUGUAAUCGGUUUUUUUGUGGAAGACAUUGCGUUUAUUUACUAAACUUUCCGUUUUCCACAAACCAAAACUGUACUGUGCUGCAUGGAGUUGCGCUGCACUGCGACGUUGUAACUUGAUAUUAGGGUCUUCCGUCCUUUUGUUUCGAGAUCAGGCCAAACCUAGAAAAUACAUUUCUCUUCCUGGCAGCAAAAUCAAAAAAAUAAACAUUUUCUGUGUAAGUCAAUUCCACAUCAUUCUCCUGAAGUCCAGUAUCUCCUUCAUAAUCCUCAUCAUUCCCUCUUAUCCUUUGCCAUCCUCUGGAUUAUUCACUGUUACUGUCCUCCAUUUUAAUGCAAAGACAAUGUCAUUUUUUCUUCUAUAUUUCAUAACUUUUAUGUGUGUGACGCAUUGAAAUGAAUAUAACUGGAACGUUAUCUUUAGAUAAACUGCCUUCUUUUUCUUGAAGCCAAAUCUUUUACCCCAGACAAGACUUGGCUUCAAGAAAAAGACACGCGUGUUUAUAUCAUGAUUGGUUGAUUGAGCGCUCUUCGCAUGCGUGAAAAGACUGGGACUGGCCUUCAAGUUUGGUUUCAAAUUUCCGGUUGUAGCUAGAUCUCCAGGUGCUAAUGGUGUGACGAGUUUCCGCCAGUCUUGACUUGACCGAAUGACUGAAGUUUUUGCUCCAUAUGUAUAUGUAUAUCUAUAUCUAUAUCUAUAUAGUUGUACCACAUGUGCUUGUACCACGUGUUGUACCACGUGUUGUACCACAUGCGCUUGGGAGAGCAAGUGUCAUGUAUAUCAAUACGAAAGUCAUUGCGUGUCUAGAUGUGUACCAAGCUGCACUGAUGAGGCGUAGGACGCCGAAACAUGCAUGUCUGCAGAUUGUAAUAUAUAUAUAUAUAUAUGAUAUAUAUAUAUAUAUAUAUAUAUAUGUAUAUAUGUAUAUAUAUAUAUAUAUGUAUAUAUAUAUAUAUAUGUAUAUAUAUAUAUUAUAUAUAUAUGUAUAUAUAUAUAUGUAUAUAUAUAUAUGUAUAUAUAUAUAUCUGUAUCUAUAUAUCUGUAUAUAUAUAUAUCUGUAUCUAUAUAUCUGUAUCUAUAUAUCUAUAUAUACCUGGGUUUGUUGUGUGUCCAUUGAAGAUUUUCGUCGGAUAGAUAGGAGCAUUGGUGAUGUUACAGGAGGGAACGGGAAUCUCGCUGUCCUCUCCGCAAUACCUCCUCCUGAUUUCUUUAGAACAAUUUAACGCCGGCAGUCGAUAUACAUAAUAUUCCCCGCAGAGUGUUAUGGAGAUGUUAACCUGUGUUCCACAGUCACUACUUUGAUUAACAAAGCAUACUUGAGCGUCUGUAGUGUCGUAUUUUGUACAAGGAUGAUCGCCGAGUAGCCAGCCAGGGUUCUGUGCACCACACAUACCUGUCCGGACCUGUUUUGAAGUUAAAAUACUCCCAGCUCGAUUAGUGAUUCUGUACCAAUUCAUGUGAGAGAUUUUUUUAUCGCAUAAUGGCAGCCUUGCUAGGGCAUUGUUCACAUUACGAUUCCUUUCAGCGAGGUUACGAUAGUUCGUACAUUGCGAUGGAAACCCAGAAACACUUGAUAAAAUAUUAUUGUCCAGGAUAAGCAACGCAAUCGCUGAUAUCAAAUUAGUCGCGAAUCUUUUAAACCUUCUUCUAGCCAUACUCCCUUGUUUGCUUUCCAAUUUGUGCAAUACGCAAUUGUUUUUAAAAGCUCAAACCUCGGACAGCAUUUGAUUGUUUUCGAUAUCUUGUCUUGUCGCAUAUGUAAAUGGUUUAAGAGAACUGUCGAUAUCGAUUUCAGACAGAUAUACUAUAGUCAGAUAUCUUUGUACGAGAUCAUAUGAAAUCAUAUCAGCUUUUCUCAACGGUGUCACACAAAUAUAAUGCAGUUCACACCUACUUCAAAACGGUAAUCUGAUUCCACGCGCUGCCACUGAUAUGAAAAUGUUGAAAUGAAAUAAAAUAAUACGCGAUUUCUAGCACACAUUAUAAAAAAACACAUCUUAUGAAACAUUUGCCCAUUAAUGCUGGUAGGGGGUCUGCAAAUCGCAACCAAAGUUUGCUUGGUGUUUUAUAACAAGAAUACUUUUAGGAGGUCGUCUCAAUUGGAUUACAUAGGGCGGAGAGUGAUGAGCGAUGGCUCGGGGGUGGAAGUGUGUGCAGUUCAGCACAUUUGUAUCUUUGCUUCCAAAUAUGGCCUGCACUGUUUAGACUGGAUUGAAUCCGGAAGGUGACAGAUGCUGUUACAGCGUUGUUAUAUGGUUAGAUUGUACAUUAAAUUGUACGUUCAGUACUGAGCGUAUAGGCCGUGGUGCGAAUAUAUAAGAAACUGUAAAUGUUCGCUCUUUUCUGCAGAGGAAACUAAGAUUUGUCCAUAAGACAGAGUCGAAUUUUCUUGGCAAGAAGAAGAAGAAGAAGAAAUUUUUAUUGAGCACUAUUUGAUUAUAAAUAUACAUGAAUAAUUAUAUUAGGGUGCAUAAACAUAUAGGUGUGGUCGCCUGUAAUAACCAUUGGGGCUAAUCGAGACAAGCGGCCAUUAAAGCAAAGAUUAUACAUUUACGAACAAUAGGGGAAUUUUUGCAAAGCAAUUUAUAUUUUAAUUAGCUCAAACACACAGACAAAACUGAUAUAAAAACAGACACAAUACGAACAAAAACAGAGAGAUUUAAAUGGCAGAAUAUUUUAAUGGCGAAACUGCCAUUAAUCCUCAUAUUCAUUAAUUAUUUUCCGUUUUAGUUCAUUUUUCAAAGACAAUCUAGCAAAGCAAAAUGAUAUGUGGUAAACUUUGACUAAAAUCUACAUCGUGUCGUCUUGUACGCAGGGCCGUAGCGACCGAAGGGUGUAGUGGAUGUGACCGAUCCUCCACCUGUUAUAUUUCGGGUAAAUUUCUAACUGACUGAGCUGAUUUUCUGGUAAAUUAGAAGAGCAUUGAGGGAUAAACGUGGACACAAGCUAAGAUUGCGAAAUUUGCAUUUCCAGGCUUUUUGAGGGUCAACAUGUUCAAACCCCCUUUCGCGGUAGAUUAACAAUAUAUCCUUUCGAAUGAAACACCUGAUAUAUACUUGAGUGUACUUGUGGAAAACCACACUGAAUGUGAAAAACUGCUUUCAGGUAACGACGUAACGUAAUCAGUAAAAAAUCAAGUGAGACUCCCAAUCACAGAGGCUCCCAAUCACAGAGGCUCCCCUUGCUUUUAUAGGAUAAUCAGUUUCAGUUUGUACCACGUUUGUGGUUUAUAUAGGAAUGACCAACCAUAGCAUAAUUUCUGUUUUCAUGAUCUGGUCCGGCUUUUUCGAAAAUCAGCCUAAAGCUGACCUCGUUUUGAUUUGUUUCAAAUUUUCCUGUCCGGAUCGGCCCAAAGCCCAAACGUUUUGUUUUCCAUUUUAUGGAAAGCGACCGUAGAUAGUUGCGACGAAAAGACUCACUGAUAAUGCUGUGUCGAUGACGUUCACUGAUAUCACUCAGUAAUGCUCAAUUGUAUCCAAAUUUUUAUUCAAAUGUUUUCCUAAUGACGUAAAUGAAUAUUUUUACAAGAACGUGAACAUGUAGUUAGCCCCCAACCUCUAUUUAGCCCCCCUUUCCGAGAAACCACCGUACCCAGGGGCUAAAGCAAAAGAAAUACGGUGAUCUACUAACGUUUACUCUAAUUUUACGCUGUUUUUCAACUUCCGGCUAAUCGACGGUUCCUAAUGACUUUAUUUUGUUUGUGCAUUUCGGCCUACGGCCACGCUUUUCCCACUCGUUAAUCAGUAUAAUAAUCAUGUUAUAUUGUGUCUACUGAGUGCCAUCGUCAGGGAAACAAAACAUGAUAGAAUAUAUUCAUGAGAAAAACUCGACACUGCGUUGUCAUUAGAGACCUUAAGAUGCAUGUAGGACGACAAAACGACGACGACGGCCAAAACAAAUUCAUUCAAAUAACUUAUUUAUGAAGAAAGCUUAUCGUAUAUUAUCAAUCGUAUGAAUUUAACACAGCUAGCUUGAAUUAAGAGAUCAAAACAGGAGCUUUUUAUUGAGUAGAGUUCCACACUAGUACAGUAGCCUAGUACUGAACCAUUUCGCUGAGUAUCCACCUUCUUAGGUACUAAAACAUUUCAAAACAGUUUUUAUAGCAGAUCUUCUAGGACAUUAAACUGUUUAUCAUAUAUCGGAUUUACGUCAAUCAAAUCUCUCUAUUAAUCUAUUUAAAUGUAAUCUCUUUAAACACUAUCAGAAAAUUUCUGAGGAAAUUUAUGACAUUGGUGUGGCACAAACUUUCAAAACAAUCUUUGUUGUCAUUCAUGUCUGCCCUUGUCUGUUAAAUCGUGUUGUCGAAAAUUAUCACUUACAUGCAUUCUGUAUAAAUAGUUAAGAUUACCCGUAAAGGAGUGUUCAGCUCUGUGAGUAUAACCUGUCACUUAUCUGACAAAGAUUGUAAAAAAAAUUGAAAAAAAAUUGAAACGUUGUUCACCGCACGUAAAAAGCUCUGGUUUACCGGUUGUAAACAGACCGUGCACGUGGACGACGUCUAAGUCUCCCGUGAUUUAUUUUCUUUAAAUAUUGUUAAUUUCAUUGUAUUACUAGUGUCUUUCAUCACAUUGCUAAAUAUGACAACGCAGUAAUUCAGUGGGGUUUUUCUCAUGAAUAUAAUUGUAUCAUGCGUCUAACAGCUGUCCACAAUGCUGUUUUCCAAAUGAUUCAUCAAGACUUAUCUACUAAGCUGUUUAUAAUAGGUAAAUUAGAAAUAGUGGCUAACGUAAUGAAUUUCAUAGCCCAAAAUGCGUUUUUAAUGUUUAGCAAUCACGUAAUGGUCUUACUCCGGUCUGAUCGUUGAGUCCAGUUUCUAUAUUACAUCAACGCCAUGCUUUUAUUGUUUCUAGAAAUUCUAACAGCGGGAGACGAAUUUAAUGAUAUAUGAUCGUGCAUUGUGCCUCGCACGGACUAAUCAGGCAAAUACAGUGAACUUUUUUUAGUUCAAAUGUGGGCGAAUAUCCGGAAAAGAUAUCUCAAAUGUCUGAAAGGUUACCGUAGAUAAAUAUGUUCAAUAAAACGUGCGGUCCAGAGUGUCGUCUACAAUAAACUUGUUUUUAUCGAUAUAAUGUACCAAAAGAAAGCUGUACAAGUGUAUUAAAAGUUAACGUGCUCACACAGUUUCAUCAAAGAAAUGUUUACAUAAAAGUGUACAAUUAACUUAUAAAUAACAAUUAAUUAAACAAUGUUACUUGUGAAAAAAAUGUCAAAUGUGAGAAUACAGUGUUGUUUGACACAGAAUGACCUAUGCCUUUUUUGGUAAAAAAUUACCCUAUUUCGUACCAAAGUUGCUCAUUAUUUACUUAAGCUUCCCUAGCUUUAGUUCUUAAUUUCCAAACGUUUAUCAUGCACGAGUAUUCCUUUACUGACGCGCUAUACUUUAAGCGUAAAACAUGACCUAACACAAUUGUAUAGAUAAAAAUGUAUGAUCGAAACCUAGAGUUGCUGCACAGCUGGCGCAUGACUAAAAUGGAAGGUCCGACUACUGAACGGCGCAAUACUUACUCAUAAGUAUACCUACGCCAUUAAAACUAGAUCAAUUGAGGGGCACAACUAUGAAGUUAGGCAUCGUAUAAGCAUUGGUAGCCUUGGUAUUUAUGUAAUAUUUACGCGGACUUGAAAUCUUGUCCGGUCCGAAUUGGUGGAUUUGAAAUAACAUCUCAUGCAACUAAGUCACUAUUUAAUUAAUUUUGAUCAAUCCAGUCCAAGGACUGGAUCAAUGUACUUCAUCAGGUAUCCAGUAUUAUCAUGUGAGCAAAAUAAAGCAAUAUCGUUGGCUAAUUUACUCAUGAAUUAUUAAUGAGUUUGAGAUUGAAGAGUAGUAUGUCUUCGCGCUUGUGGUGCGCGUUCUCGAGGGCACCGCACUGUUUUCAACUUGAUCUUCAUUCAUGGAUUAUGGGAGAGGGGGAGAUUCCUGUCUAGCUGUACUUAGGCUGAGAGUUAAGCCUGGUUCACACUUCUAGCAUUUCUGUCGGCGAUUUUACUCCUCCUAACAAAUGUGAUCAAAUGAAUGGCAUGCAAAAGACUUAGAAUUGUUUACUUCUGAAAAACGACUCUAUACCUUUGUGUGCGAGUUCACUCAUUUGCAUCCGUUAGAAACACAAAGUCGCCGACCAAAUUGUUAUGUCUUAGGUUUUACUAGUUUUAUAGCUCAAAUUCGCUUGCAAAAUAUGUGUUUACUUUCCUGCUCUGGCUCUCUCAACUAAUGCCUCCCACGAUGAGAACAUCAUUGAACACGUACCAGAUACAGAAGCAACCGAAUGGAUAUCUCCAAUCGUCAUCGUGCCAAAAAACUACACAAAUUGCUAGUGCAAACCAGGCUUUACUAUAGCCAUCACUGACAUUUGGCGGUCAUAACUGACACCACUGAAGCUUUACUAUUUCAAGUUUUUCCAGGAAAACGCGAUUGUCUUUCUGUCUGGUUUCCAAUUAUCGUAGUCAUCACCACGAUGUAAUUUGCUUUUCACUGGAAAGGCGUGACUGGACUACUGGACUGCUAAUCGCAUUGUUGUCAAUGUAUCUGGCUUUGCGAGUUUUGUUUUCUUUGCUGAUUGCGUCAUGGACCUUGAAGAUGAAAAACGAAGACAGCUGUUACAGCGGUGUUGCUAAAAAUUCUACAAUUAUUUGCUAUAGUUUGUCCGAACUACCUUUAAAAACAACACUUUAUUAGGAAGCACACGAAGCCGUUCCCUAAGACCAAACCUACCUUUUUAUUUAUAAGAACAUGGAAAACAAAUAUCAUCAUUCCUUGUAGAGAAUUACAAAUGGUGAAGAGAUAUUUAAACACAAUCGUAUCUCGAUUGAAAACCAGCAGUCCAAAAACCCACGUUAGUCCAAGUAAUGGAAGUAGUAUGGCUGACGCUUUGAGACCGAGUUUUGCUUUUCUCAAUGUUCCAACAGUUAUCAUAGUUGUUGCAGUAUCUACUUUUGUUGUUGGCCUUACUGCACGAGUCGCGCCAACUUUACUGGAAGAUAGAGUACUUUGUAAAGCCAUGAUGAAGAUAGCUAAGUUGAUCUGAAAGUGAAAACAGUACAAUAAAUAUUUUGCUAUACAUCGUUGAAGACUCUCUGCAGGUUUUGGAAAUUGGAAUGAAGCAUGCUUUAGUGCAGGGUAUGUGUUUCGCUUAGUAUAAACUGUUAUUUUGAUGUUGCAGUUUCGAAAAGUUGCUAUGUCUGAUAUCUCUUUUAAGAUGUUGCUGUUGUGGUUUCAUGAAGCUGGUGCGAUUUGAACGGAGUUUGCGUCAUGUGUCGCUAUUUUAUUCCCUAUGUGCCUCAAUGCAGUAUUGCCUGUACGAAUUGCCGAAUUUAGAUGGGCAACGUUCACCAUGUAUAAUAUUCUAACAGCUUGGAUUUUAUGUUCGUGGAGACAGCUGAUCUCGCAAUGCAGCUACAUUCUGGCACAGCUAGUAAUUGCAGGCUUAGAUAACUAUAACUCCAUGGUUAAGAUAGCAAGCUCCACUGCUUCCAUGCACGUGAUAUUUGGAAUGUAACGACGUUUGGACGCCACGAGUUAGUCACGUAAACUAUGGAGGUAACGUCACUCCAUAUGGCUCCCUGACUUCUGCGGACAACGUUAGUUCAAUGAAGAUUGCAAUUUCUAAUGUUGUCCCGUGUAUUGCUACUUGGCACUGUCAUGAGCAUAUUUAUGAUACGCGUUGGAAGACUAGGCUUACCAGCAAGAUUAGACCAAUGGUAGCAACAAACGUCACGAACAAGGCACCAUCACCGCGGCACCAACAUGCGUGUUUGGUUAUAAAAUCUUUUCGAUCAUGGAGUACAACCAAUAUCGUCACAACCAUAACUGGAAUACCUAAAGUAGAACAGGUGAUAACAGCAUUUGUUAAAAUGCACACGUUCGAGAUGCACACAGUAAUUCUGAUUAACGGUCCCUAAUCACAGUAUAGAGUAUCCCGCUAAUACAACUUACCCCAGCCAAUCACAUAGAACACCUUUAGAUGUCUUCCUCCUAAACCUAAUCCCGUGUAAACGUCCACAAGCUGAAAAUAGAUGAUGAUUCCUUCACACAACAUCCAUCCAAACACGGCAAGUACAAAGAAAUAUAAUAAUAUGGACACGGUUGUACAGAAUGUCUAGAAAGGAAAUUUUAGAUGGCGUUAUUUAUUUAUUUAUUUUAUUUAUUAACUUCAGCCGUCAACAGAAAUAUACAUGUACAAACAGGAAGACGGUUCAGGAACACUAACACAGCGUGAGCCAAUUACGUUAGUGACCUGUUACAAAACAUCAUUAUACAAAAAUUCACAACUUAUAAUUUAAAUAUCAAACAAGAAUAUAGUAUAAUCCUUUUCAUCCGAAGUAGAGAGAGAGCGUAAAAAUUUCGAAAUUUGGGGAAACAAAAUGACAAAAUUGUCAAACAGAAUAAAUGCGAGAAUAUAUAUAUAGGUUCUGUAUCCGUCGAUAAAAUAAAACGAAAAUGGCGAAAAAACCAACUCUACAUCGGAUAAAAUGAAGUAUACUACAUUGAAUAAUUGCCAAAAUAACUAGUUCAAUUAAGAACAACAUUUCAUUGUUGCAGCAAGCUGCCUGGCUUUAUGACAUUUCAGACAAACUGAUUUCCACGUCUGCGGAAUUUCCUGCUCAAACACGGUUAAUGUUGCGGAGUGGUAAUAGUUUAUAACACGUGAUUUAAAGCUCUGCAAUGAUAGUUCUGGUUUCCGUAGCUCAUCUGGUCGUUAUGAUAUUGUACCAAUAUACGUGCUUGACCCUAAUAAUGCCUCACGAAAAUGUGAAAUGAAAUUAUAUUAUUAUAGCAUAAAUAGUCGAGAACUAGAGUUGUUUGCAAAGUAGGAUUGUUUCCAAGUAUGUUUAGAAUAAUGAGUUGCAAAUAUUUGACUGCUACGUGUAGUUCUUCUGUCUAAAGGCUCGUUAAAAUAAGGCAAACAUGUUGGUCCAUCAUCCUAUAUUGUUCCCUUGUUUCCUAAUGUGUCCUGGGUUUUACCCACUGGUUUUACCUCAUCAUUAUGUGCGGGUCCUGCCAGGAUAGAGAGGAUAUCCGUCAUUCCAAUGGCUACACAGAGAUGCAUGAGAACGUGGGAAGGUACUUUACUCUUGGCAUUUUGUUGAAGUCUUCUCCACAACAAGACGUGUAUGAGUAUGGUCAGACAUAUCCCAAACAAUGACAGAGAGCACCCAAUAGUUGAUAUCAUCUCCAAUGCUCGCCUAUCAGCUUCGCUUACCUUGGUGAAAGAAAUCAAGUUUAGAGUAGACCUGUAACAAUUGGAGACCGCAGGCAGAAGCAAGGAAGAGGUGGACAACACUUGUAUCGUAGCCCCAAGCCUUUUACCCUUUUAUGAACCUUUUAUGACGACAUUAUAAAAAGUGGGGUCCUGUUGUUGGUAGUAUUCUGCAAUAUAAGCUGCUGUGGUUUGUGUCUGAACCACCUGGGAAGGUUAUAUCAAACGUGUUGGUCCAGUGUAGGUAGCAUUCUUCAUUGAGCUGUCGUAGUUUGUGUCUGGACUUCUUGAAAAAAUUUCAAACGCAGAAGUCCAGUGAGGCAGUAUUGUACAAUAAGCUGUCCUGGUUUGUAUCUGAACUGCCGGAAAAACGGGUAGAAACCAUUUCAAAUUGCUUUUAAAAUAUUUUUUGGUGAUCUUGAUGUUUACCACAAACAAUCAUAUGGAUAAAAAUCUAAAAACCCUUUGAAAAUCAAAACUCGAAAGGGCAGGUAGAAUUUGAGCAUCGAUUUUUGUGAGCUUAAAAUCUUACCAUAUCUCUAGAAAUAUCCAUAACAGCGAAGGCUGUAAGAUGGUCACAUUCACAUAUCAAGCUGUCACUGUCUGACUUGUCUUUCACUCUUUUACAUCCAUCUGUUUUCCACAUUAUACUUUCAUUUGAUUUUGGUUUCCAAUAAACACAUGUUGCGGAGUCGUUCUGAAAAGAAAGAAUUCAUAUGUUGCGUUGCGUUGCGUUGCGUUGCGUUGCGUUGUGUUGUGUUGAUUAUAUGCUUUUCUAUUCUUUUGUAUUCUAUUGUAUUCCAUUGUUUUCUAUUGUAUUCUAAUAUUCUAUCGUUUAAUAUACUACCUUCGUAUUAUAUUCUGCUCUAUUCUAUUCACUUCUAUUAUUUUCAUUCACUUUCAGUCAAAAACAAAGUAGACUUGAAUUACCAGUUCUUUUAUGUUCCAGUUGAUGCGAACAGUGAAAUUUUUUGGUUCAGCGGAUCGAACACUUGCUGUGAUGAUCUUGCUAUUUAGUCUUGCGUAGCUCUGAUUAUCAUGAAAACUGUUUGUUAGAAAGGAAUUUAUUGUUUUAUACCACAAGACAACGACUAUAACGCCAGAUUUGCGCUGUAACGCACUGCUCGAGAGGUUGAAUGAUGCAUCCUGAAAUUUGAAUGACGUAUCUUCUAUGGUUUCUCCUUGCUUUAUAUAUUUGACAUGUAGCUGUACAUUUGUAUGGUUUUUAAUUGGUUCCGGUACAUCUGAGUUAUUUUUCUGCAUUUCUCCAUAUUGGAAUCCAUAAUUUUCCAAGGUAAUUACAAGAUUACGAAUCAAUUUGUCGUCCUAGGAAGGAAAUAAUAGGAUAGGAAAGAAAAUUACAAGGAAAAUGGGAAAAUACACAUCACAAUAAUAGUGACGUUGUAAUUUCACACAGACAUAGGUUUCAAGAAACACAGAAGCAGCUGGGUAGAGGAGAAAUGCGAAUUUCGAUGUUGGCGCUUGGAAUAUCUAUAUAAGAGACGGAAAUGAUGACAUUUGCCAUAUCAGAGAAGAGAAGAGAAGAGAAGCGAGAAUGGUUUGGGUAUAUAAUGAUACGACAAUCCAGUGAAGAUAGCAUGCUGAAAUCCAGUACAAUGAUUACGAACAAUUGGAAGACAGAUGAUGAGAUGGAAAGAUGUGGAAAGAGACGUGAACAUACUAAAAAUAAGAGAAGAGGAUAUCCAGGAUUGAGUGUAGAAAAAUACCCAGUCAAGAUAGCAUGGAGACAUAUAAUAGCAUGACGAUAAAUAGUUGAAAGUAGAGGAUGAGCUUCUUUACAAACCAGUUUUAUUUCUAUCACUAACUCACCUUCAUGUUUGUCCACGAUUUUGUAUUUCUACUAUCCAGUAUGUUGCUUGCUGGGCCCAGUAUGUCGAGAUCGCUAUCAGGAAUAUUUAAAUUGACGAUCUUUUGAAGUAUACUGACUGUAUCAUUAAGAACUUGCUGCCGCUUUAUUUCGGUUUCUGAUUGUUUGACAUCCUUAUCUGUUUUAUUUGACAAUUGGUUGAUGAUUUUUUGUGCAGCUUUUUGUUGGUCUUUACCUGUUUUAUUCUCAAGCUCAUUUGCCUGAAAGGUAUGUUAUAAACUGAAGAAGCAAUCGUUAUAGAAUUUAGAAAAUACAACUAUAUACCUGAAAAAUGUGAAUAGGACUUCGACGUUUCGAGCAAAGGCCCUUCGUCACGCGCGAAGAUAGUUCGGUACAUUGCCAAUACCUACACUGAGAACUGAUAUCAAAUUUGGAUUUUCUUGUUUUGCAGAUUUUGCUUAAUUUUAAAGACAAUGCAAUGUCAUAUGUUGCAGCGAUGUGAUUUAGUCGGUGUGAAACUGCUUGAAAAAGUUAUGCAAACGUGCAUGCUCAAUAGACAAUACAGCUCAUUAUAUAAUAAAAGUCUAAUUAGCACCGAAUAUUCAAUUUAGAUUAAUUUGUUAAAAUAAUUUGAAUUUUGCCAUUUGCAGCUAAAAUAAGCCCAGAGUUGAAAGGUAUAAGCCUAAAUAAGCCGCAGCUUUUUGCGAAUUGACUGUUUAAACGAGUCGUAUAGUUAUUUCUCAAUAGCAUCCGUUUAGAACAGUUGUUUGGCGCAAGUCGGAACAACUUUUUUGUUGCUCGUAUUUGUUGCUAGGUGAUCCAGACCAGGGGCCGGUUGGUCAAAGCUGGAUUACAGUUAACCGUGGUUUAUAAAAUUUAACCCUUGAGAGUGUUUAUUUUAAAAUUUUGUCCAAGCAAACAUUCUAAAAAAACAUUUAAAUUUAUAAACUGGAAGCUAUAACCGGCGUUCGUACAACCAGCUCCUGGGGUUUAAUUAAAGAUUGUGAGCUUUCUCUCUUACCUGUUCCUUUAUUUUCUCAAACACGUCAGCAAUGCUUUUCGUGGUGGUCGGGCCUGCAACGUUAAAAUAGGAAUCGGAUCUAAACAAACGUGUAAGUUUAUAUAAUCUUUUAAAACAAGGAAAAUACUUCAAUAAUUUUGUAUUUUGCUAACGACAAUGCUCUGUCGUCAUUCUUGCCAAUCUUUUUUUGCAAACAACAACUCCUGAUCCCGCACAGUUGCAUAUACCAAGAACUUACCUUUUGUUGUGCCUAUAUUUGUAGGUUGCGUCUUUGUAUUUGAUAUCGUUGUAUGUGGUACGCCAGUGUUUUUUAUACUGAUACAUUCAAACUUCGGUAAUUGGUAGACGUAGAAUGAACCGCAAUAUGUCACCUUUGGCAAACGUUGGAAAAAGAUCUCUCCAUAUGGGCCUGAAACAUACUCUGCGAAACAGACUAAUUUUGAUUCGUCCUUGGACUUACUUUUGUCCUUCAAAUGUCCUAGUUCAUUUGGGCAGGAUGUCUUUUGUCCUUCUGUUGAAUCAGCAAUACGAAUUCCCUUAUCCAUUACGAAAAUCCCAGUAAAAUUACUAUAAUUGUACCAUCUUUGUCCCCCCAGGGUUGCGUUACAUAUUGAAGCGGGAAGUAUUGGUAUGAUCGCUUCGUUACUAGUAUUUCUCCAAUAAGACACUGUAAGGUCGAAGUAGUCGUCGCACUCCUUUGGUUCUGCCGGAGGUGUGAUUGUAUUGUCUUCCAUAAGUAGUACAGCCAUUAUGACUAGAACCACUUGGAUUCGUUUUAUUGCAGCCAUUUCUGUUCGCCGGUGAUGAUAGAGGAUGGUGGUUUGACGCUGGCUGUCAAAUUUUCGAAUUUUAUCUCUCCCUUUUAUUUUUGAUUAUUCAAGUCUUCGUUGCCAUUUUUGUCAGCCUUUGCAGUGGUGCCAAACUUGAAACUUCAGAUCGCGAGUAGAUCGAUAAAAUUCAGUUUCAAAUGAAUUCGACUGCUCUUGUGUCAUAAUCUUUUGUAAACGGACUGUUGUUGAGUGGAUGGAUGAUAUCUGCGUCAAACAAUCUAUAAUAAUAAACAGUUCGUUUUCGAAUAUACCAACUUUUGUUGAAUUUUUCAAACUUGAGUACAGCAGAAACGACGAGCCAAGGAAUCACUGGGGACAACAGUUCGACCGCUUUCUUCAAGGUACAAGGAUAACGCGGAACAAACUGACUCAGUGGAAACCUUGUGGCUUGCUGUAGUAGUGCAGGUGUGAAAUUAAUAAGUUGAUUAAAACUUCAUCCUUGAUAGAACUUUUACCAUGAAAUCGGAACAUCUGUUUUAUACGAACAAUAGUAAGUCGGUGAAUGUCAUUGAGGCACUGAUGCUUUUGAUUAUAAGCGAUAUUUCUUCGAACAAAUAAUGUUGACGGUCAGAAUGUAAGUGGAGAUCGAAUGUAAAAACAUCUCUUUAAAAAAACUUUGUGAAGAAGUAAGACAGCUGGCAAACGUAUAGACACAACUAUCCUUUGCAUGACAAUUAGAUGUAAAUCGACCAAUUCAGACAGGUAUGAUGACGGCUUGAACAUAAAUCCAAACACAGACGUAUAUUUUGGAAAUGAUUAUCCAGUGGUCCAGUAACAGAACGUUCGUGAGCAGGUAUUCACUUCUUGGAAAUUUUAGAAAUCAGCAGCAACUGAGUCAUUGUACUGAUGAAGGGCUGAUAACGCUAUAUUCACUGAAGAAUGAUUUUUUCAACCAUUGUAAAAUGCUUAUAAAAACUAUAAAAUUACGAAUAUGGACCUGAUUACAAUUAAUAGAAAGAAACUUCAAUUUAUCAAUAUAGUGAAGUUUAAUCUGGGUAAUCAACGGGCUAUUGUAGGAAGCCUAUCUGCCGCCGUUCCAAAACUCGGCAUGGAAAAAUCAAUUUUUUCACAAGUUAUUUCCGUUGUUGUACUUGAACAUCGCGACUUUGUAUCCGGGAGCGAGACUUUGCAUCCGGAGUACAAGAUUUUUGCCAAUCAAAUAGCGUCCUCGAUUUUUCAGCAAUAGAUAGAUUUGGCUAACGUUACUUUUUUUUCACAACCUUAGAUAACUCACAUGCCUUAAGUUACUAUUGUUCCGGUUUACAGAAGCAUAGAAUAAAAAAAAAGGUAACUAAGCAUUAGAAUUAUGUAUAAGAGCCAUUCACUCGUGUAGAUCAUUCUAAAGCUUAUAAUUACCUUUCGGUUCUAUAGAGCGUUUGCACAUGACGUCACAGCCGCCAUGUUGGUGUUCCAAUUCAAAAGAAUUUUAAUUAGACUCUUUUGUCUGAAACACAUAGGCGUACCGGGCGGGGGGGGCUGUAGCCCCUCCAGUUUUUUGGGCAGUCGGGCAAUAUUCGAUCAACAGUCGGGCAAUUUCGGUUUGCAAUAAAAAAAAAUGGGACAAAUUCUGUCAAUUUUGUAUAAAAUUAAGUCAAUUUUUUGGCCAAUUUUGUGAUAUUUCGAAAAUUUGUGUUAUGUUCCGAAAUAAAUUGGUCGUCCCGAAAAUUUUUUUGACCCCUAAAAUGGUACACUGACCGAAUUUUUUUUGGCGACGGGGGGGAGGUUGCCAAAACAAUUUUUCCGGAAAAAUUUUUUUUGGUACUGGUCGGGCAGAAUCCCGAAAAGUCGGGCAAUUUUCUUUCCGCCCCCCUAAUUUUUUCCUUCCGGUACGCCCAUGCUGAAACACCAACAUGGCCGCCAUGGCUUUUGUUGAGUUGCUCCCUGGAGAAUGAGUGCAAACGCUCUAUUCUUUGCUCCUGUUUACUAGAACAGAGAUAGCUAGGCAUGUGAGUUCUAAAGGCCCGUUUACACUUGCAAUUUUUACCGCGAUUUCUAGUGCGAUUUUCUCCUUCUGAUGGAUGUGAACGAGUGAAUCAGUUAUCACUGUUCAGAUGAGGGUACAGGUACUCAGAACAUUCGUAACUGAUCUACUCGUUCACAUCCAUCAGCAGAAGAAAAUUGCACUAGAUGACUAGAAAUCGCUUCAAAUAUUGCAAGUGUAAAUGAACGUAAGUCGCAAACGUUAGCCAAAUUUGUCUGAUUUGUCUGUGGACCAUGCCCACUCCAUUCUUUUAUAAUCUGACCAGGCCUUUUUACGUCAUACAACGUCAUCACCACUUACUUCCCGUGGAGAUUUGUAUUAAAAGAGCCAUAUAUUUGAUAUUUAUACAUGUUAAUUUCUUCUUGUUUCGUAUAUAUAUGAUAUCAAAAUAUUGAUCUGGGAAUCAUCGCUAUUACAAAUGGUAGGGAAGGAAUAUUUUCACGAAUCCUGAGGCAGAUUUAACAGGACUUGUCUAGUGACCAUACGAAUUUAUAUUAAAUUCAAGAAUUUUGGGGUGGCUGGUUAUAUGUUAAAAUACAUAGUCCACAUUCUGGUAUGUAUAUUCAAGUGCUGUUAGGUUAAUUUGUUAGUAUAUGUUGUCGAUCGUCACAUGCAAUGAAAUUUAAUAUACUAACAUCAAAGCACUUUUGAAUACCAUAUAUGUGUUGGCUUGUUUGCGUUGAUGAGUAGGAUCGCGAUCUAACUGUAUUAUGAAAGCUGAUACGAUACUAUUCGUAUGGUAAAUGUUGACUUGCGGCAAGUUUAGUUAAAUCGUAUUGUCGCUAAUCCAUUAUAAAACAUAUAUAUAACUUAUAUAACUUAUAUUACAUAUAUGCUAAGUUGUACUUUACUUAGAACUUGUGGUCAAGCGUUGAUCGUGUUUAUAUUUCGAAGCGAAAGGUCACACGAAAAGAUUCGAGCAGCGAGAUGCGUUGUGUAUAAAUUGGUCUAAAUCGGAUCCCUCGCCGCGGGGAUUCCAGACUUAUAUAAAGGCCUAUUUCAAAGGCUGAACUGCCGAACCCAAGGCAUUUAAAUGAGCUCAAAAAAUGGGAUUAGAUCUUUGGUUUGGUUUGUAGUUUGGUACAUAAUAAACACGACGUUUAAACGACGACGAUAGAUGACCUUGAGUUAUGUGCAUUUGUGCAAAAACCUCAAGUCAGCCACAAAAUCCUGUUAUAAAUUGUUACUCAUAAUACAAGUUCUAACUAAUACACGGGGCCCAUUUUAGCUGCCUGGUCGUAUAUAUUGCAGUCUUUAAUAAUGCUUAUAUACCAUGCGUGUAACGAAGAAAAAUAGAAAACGCUAAUGUAGGAACAGUACAUUUUAAUAUCGUAAUAAACACAUUUCAUGUACGUUUUAAUUGUCAUGUUGAAAGAGCGCAUUGUCUUCUUGAAAUAUAUGUGCAUUAAUGAGCUUCCGCUACAUAUCGUAAUAUGUUUUGCCCCGAGCCAUUAAAGGGUAAUGGCAAUAAAAUUUUUUAUUGCUUUAUCUGAAAGAUCACGAAAAAAUAAGCCGAUUGGCCGUUUACUGCUCUAUUCUAUCUCAUCUAGUUCCGAAGUUAUACGCAAAAAUGUGCAAAAUAUAAAUUGCUGAUUCAGCACAACGUGUGACGUCAUUGGUAGGGUAAGUAUGUUUAAUGAAUACUAAACUGAAGCAUAGCUCAGUUAUUAUGGGACCAAAUCAAAUGAAAUUUUGGAUACUGAUUGUACAUGAUGAGACGCAUUGAAAAACACUUCUAAUUAUGUUGCCAAGGUAACAAUGUCGUUCCCAGGCCCCUUGCGCCAAUUUUAUAAAACAGCUUUAUUCAUGGUACUUAUAAGAAUAAAAUAAUGUCAGAAGUAUGUGUACCAUACCUAUGCAUGCCAAAAGUUUACUUGCAUGAUAAUAAUUCGAAAAUGACAUACACAUAGAUAAAUGCAACUAGUUAUUCAAAAUCAGUGUAAGGGGCCUGGGAACGACUGCGUUGCCUUGACAACAAAAUUAGAAGUAUUUUCCCAUGCGUCUCAUCAUGUACUAUCUGUAUACAAAAUGUCAUUUGAUUUGAGCCAAUAAUAACUGAGCUAUGCUUCAGUUUACAAUUCAUUAAACAUACUUACCCUACCAAUGACGUCACACGUUGUGCUGAAUCAGCAAUUUAUAUUUUGCACAUUUUUGCGUAUAACUUCGGAACCAGAUGAGAUAGAGUAGAGCAGUAAACAACCAAUCGACUUAUUUUUUCAUGCUCUUUCAGAUAAAGCAAUAAAAUGUUUUAUUGCCAUUACCCUUUAACGUCGAAUAGUUUUGGGAUUUCGUGUUAGAUUAUAAAUUGAAGCCCUGGUCGAAUGGGGGUUGAGAAGGGAGAGUUUUGCAUGGAAGUUUUCUCAACUUUCUUUGCUCUUUUAUAUUAUCUAUAAUUUCAUAAAUAUGUCACCUGUAACAAGAUAAACAAGGUAAAAGCCAGCCUCGUACCCAGACUCUCUUCACUACGCUCCUCGGAGUGGAAAGAGCCUGCGUACGAGGUUGGUUAAAAGCCUCUGAUAGCCGAUAUCUCCAAUCUCGGAAAGCCAAGGGCAAGGCGCGCUGAGCACUUUCGGGAAGGGUGUAUAUUGAUUAUUUAUUUGUCAAAACCUCCGGCCUUGUCUCGCGGUUAACUUGCUAAAAUGUAGGUGGGUUUGUUUUUCCUUGGAAAUAUAUAUUUUAAAAAUUUGAUAUUAUUAAAGUUGAAAAACAGUUGCGCGAGAGAUGAUGAGAGUGGAUUCGAACUCUCAUAAUCCUCAUUAAAAUUAAGAUGAAUUUUUUUAUUGACUCUGCGGGAAUGUUGUUAAAUCGUAUUAUGAUUAACGUUGCAUAGUAUUUUUCUUCCUGUUUAAUGACGUGCUUGACUGUCUAAUGAAAAAGCCGUCAAAAUGAAAUUUUAUAUAAUUUUUUGAAUGAUCUAUUACAAAGAUACAAAGAUGCGACGCGUAGAUAAAUACAAUAACUAUCGUUAAAAGUUUUGUCGUAUAUCAGGGCAUAUAUUUGGUUAGACAAAUUUCCAUUCAGUGCAAAAUAUCGCGGCGCGAUUCAAGUUCUCGUCAGUCAAUCUCGAACCCAGCAGAGUAUAUGCCCCGUCGUUCACAGGUAAGCUGCUGGGAAAGGUUCUGGCUUCUCGGAAUACAUUUUUAAUAAAUAAAUAAAAUAACGUAGUCUGCUUUCGUCUUCAUGUUUCGUUUUCGCAUUUAAGUUUACUAAUUGCUAGCUCGUUACAAUUUUCUAGUGAACAACCACAUCUUUUGCGCUGUGACUAUGAGGCAUAUCCUAGUCUACCUAAUUGUGGCUGGCCUGAUGAUAACACUGAACUGUGAAAAACGUCAGGGGAACCCGGGAAGGCCACGUGAUAUGAAGCAACAGCAGCGUCCAUCCACGACAUCCACUGUUGGACCUGGUAAGAUUCAUAAAAGUUCGUUGUAUCAUAUUUAAAGCCUUGGAGUAGGUUGUUCAAAGCUGGGUUAGUUUAACCCUGGGUUAACCUAAAAUUCAAAGCAAACUCCCUGAUAGCUUGUUCAUAAAUUUGGAAAUAUUUCUUCAGAGAUGUUGUCUGGAUCGAUAGGAGUUUACAUCUCUAAAGUUUUGGAGUAAGCAGACGUGCUGAAAUACAUAUUAAACUAAAACAGCGGAUUACAUUUUAAAUUUAAGCCAAGGUUAGUGCUAACCCACCUUUGAACAACUGCCCCCUGGAGUCGGUUCAAAGCCGGACUAGUAGCACUAAUCCUGGAUUAAAAUUUAACCUGCUGUUUUAGUUUAUGUAUUUCUGCACGUCUGUUUCAUUCGAAACGUCAGAGAAGAAAACUAAAACCGAUACCGAAAAUAUUUCGGAAGAAAUAUUUCCAAAUUUAGCAACAAGUUGUUAGGAAGUUAGCUUUGAAUAUUAGGUUAAUGAAAGUCGAGCUUCUUGUAAAUAUGAUUUUGCGUAAAUCAUAAGUAUUUUCUAUUUAUAAUCACUGCGCCUAUUUUCAGUUCUAAACUGUGUGUCUCAGCUGUUGAGAAAUACCGUGACUCAAUAUUUACGACCGUUAGACCAUACGGAAAUCAGGCGUAACAUAUUAUUACUGUAGUGUGGGUGAAUAUCAAAUUUUAUCGAUUUACGUCAUCGUUUUACGUGAUGAUAGUUGAUGAGAGUUCACGAGAGUUGGCGGUCAAUUAAACGCGAGAGAGAUGCAACUGUCUUCAUCUCUCGUCAUCUAUAUCCUCUUCGUUUGACAAGGAUUUACAGGGCCGUAGGAAGCUCUUUUCGAUUGGGGGGCUGAAAGCGAGGGCCUAAGGCCCGAGGAAAUUUUUAAAUUUAGAGUCUCUGAAAUGCCAUUUCCUGAACUUUGGGGAAGAUUUGAGAGAAUUCUGAUUGUCAGAAAACAGCGUUUUAGUAUGUUGAAAUUUACAAUUUAGUAGUACUAAAUGGGCGAAGGCAUAUUUAAUUAAUUAUAUAUUGGAUAAGUUGCAGGAAAGUAUGGGUAAUAUCUUCAUUCUCUGCAGUUUGUUAUGGAUUAAAUGAUAAGGGUCUGCAUGAUUUUGAAAAAAGAAUGAUUAUUAGCAAAUUAUUGGCGGGCUGCAGGCCCCCCCAGCCUUCCCCCCCCCCCCGGUUGUUACGGGCCUGAUUUAGAGACGGAAAAUCCGGUUAUUGAAGUGCUUCCGUUUCUAAUACAACUUUGGCUAUUGAUAGAUCCGUAUCGCAUCGUAAAUGAAUAUGAAGAAGAUAAUUUUGGGUAUGCAGUUGUAAAUAUUUGCUCAAAUUUUCGCGGCGUUCUACGUCGGGAUAAAUAAAACACGAAAUAUUAUAAACAGGAAUAUUCUAAUUUAGCCUUUUUUAAGAAAAACAAGAAAACCCAUUAAUUUUCGCCAAAUUUCUGGCUGUUUUUAGAGAAAUAUUUGCUUUGUAUUUAUGAUUUCGCCAAACGAAAACUUUAAAAAUUAAUAUUGACCUGAUUAGUCCGAAGUAGCAUAUCUUGAAAUUUUGCGGUCUGGUGUAUUUUCAACGAAAUGUGUACUUUCGCCACAGUUUUGAAAAAAUCUAUUAGGCAGGCGGGGAACUGGUUAUAAAUCGCUUGUAACAUGAACUAAAAUUUUAAUUGAACUAUAACAUAUGUAGCGUCGACGUUUUCUUCACAUUUAAGUGCUAACAACCAAAAUGUACUCAGUUGAAUUAUGUAUUUUCUAUUUUAGUGAAAUUGAAAGUCGUUGUCAAUAGGUUUGGCAAAAAUCUACAAUUGAAAUGUGUGGCUAACGUCACGCACCCAGUCAGCUUUUUGUGGAAAUUUAAUAACCAGACAUUUUCUGAGAAUCAGACGGUUAAGAUUAAAUGUACAGAUCGAAGUUCAGAACUUAUUUUACGAAAUGUACGGGCUCAUAAUACUGGAACGUACAAAUGUGUUGUAAGGUAAGUGAAAAAUACAGAGCCUGAAAUAAGUUUAAACAUUGUCCGGACAAAUGUCCGACCAAAAUGAAAUUUAAUCGGAAAACUUGUUGGACAUUUUUUCGAGUAUAUUUUGACUCCAGGCUUUUGUUGGGUGACACCACUAUACAGCGCAGUUAAAACUCUUUUAAAUUUAGCAAUUGUGUUUUCUUUGCAGGAUUGUUGGACGCGGCUUAUUGUUAAUCCAGUCUUUUAAGAAAACUAAUUGCUAUUUUUGUCCGGACAAUAUGUCCGAACACCUCGGCGGGAGGGCCAAAAGUGCUCGGUCUUGGCAAUAGAACUUCGUUGCUAUGAUUGAGAUAUUGGUUUUAGAACCCUUUCUGUAAUUCUUGUUCCUGAUGACAUAAUCAUAAACAGAUCUUUCAUGUUUUCGCUCGCUACUCUGGCUGAUAUAAAUGAAUACAAAACCCAGUCGAAUUGUAAUCAAGACCCAACGUUUCUACACUCCAGUCUAGUGUCUUCAUCAGGGGUGAUCUAAAGUUGACCCCUAAUGAAGACACUAGACUGGAGUGUCGAAACGUUGGGUCUUGAAUACAAUUCGACUGGGCUUUGUAUUCAUUUAUAUAAACCAGAGUAGCGAGCGAAAACAUGUUUGAUAUAUACCUGGUUGCAGUGAACGAACAAACUUUAGAUCUUUCAUAUUCGCUGUCAUAAUUGUAUGAUUUUGUGAAUGUGUCCUUUCGCAAAAUGACCCUUAACCCAAUAUCACGAAAACAAGGUAGGGUGUAUUAAGUUAUACAUUGCACCACACAGUUUUAGAAAACCUGAAAAUCACUAUCCGGUCUUUGUUCAACCUGCCCCAGAACUCUGCAAGAAACUAAUUAUAAUGACAAGGUGAAAGAUAAAACCAACAUACAGUUCUUUCUUUUCCUGAUUUUAGAUCGAACCGUACAAAUUGGCAGCCGAGUAUUUUUGUGGAAGUUAAACCUUCAUUGAAGAUAAAAAUUAGACCCAAGGAUGUUCGGCUUACGACUAGUAAGUGGAUAGCACCAUCACUGAUUAGCAUGUCUGUCUAACUUUUUCCUAGAGGUCCAUCGCUUAAUGCUUCGUUGUUCGAGGAAAUUGCACGUACACGGAGAAAACCGGCGAGGUUUGAUAGAGUCAUACUGGAAGUACUCUUCGUGCAUGCGAGUGAAACGAAAUUUUAAUCAAAUAACUGCAUUUUGUAAAGGAUAAAAUGAGAGUUGACGUGGUUAUGAGAGAUAUGAAAAAAAAAACAAUGUAAGGUUUGUCACAGAAAUGAAGACACUUUACCACUUUGGCUUGCUUUGUGUAUUUUACAGAAACAGGAAGUUAUGAAUGGCAUUGUGACAGCUUGGUUUCCUUACCGAAUGUGACUUUCUCGUGGUUUCGGAAGCUACUUCCCAAAGGAAAGUGGAGAUCAAUCGAUAAUAACAGUGAACGAUAUAAGUGGAGAAUACCUCGAACUUUGCACGCAAGACGAGAUGUUUAUGAUGUUUAUGAUAUGUACUGUGAAAUGACGUACAGACGAGUGACCAUUCGUAGUCCCAUAGCAAGAGUUGUGGUGACACGACCUGGUAUGGAGAAUAUACUACUUUCAAACUUAUUUACUGAAACCCUUUACAUGUGUUCGAGGCAACUUUAUUUAAUAAAUUUAUUUAUUAACUUUACAAUCAUACAAAAAUGAUUGAAGGUAUGGUCAACAGGACAUGAGUCCCAUGUGAAGACCAACCUGAUACAAUACAAUAAGUAGACAUACAUUAAAGACAAGGACUAGAACACUAUUUACAUAGCUAUAUAAAAAUUAAUAGUUUAGAUUAUGAGCAACAGCUUAAGUUGAAAGAACGGCAUUUAGAGCAGAAGGUUUUCCAAGUGCGCAUUCUGUUAAUAUCGAAAGAAGAGUCUAAUUGAAAAAGAGUGUUAAAAGAGUGUUAAAUGUUAACACUUAUAGGAGCAAUACAAUUAAAUUCGAUUUCUCAAUUAUUUUUAUUUGCUUCCAAAUACAACGCUACAUGUAUAAUACUUUUAUUUAUUUAUUUUAUUUAAAAUAAUUUGCCCUAAGGCAGGUGCAACAACAAAAGGACACGAAAUCCCAUACCAGGAAAUAUAAAAAAUAAUUAACAUUACUUUCUCAGUCUGAUAACUGCAGGUUGACAGCGAUCUGCUGCACGAUAGUGCUUAUAGUGAAACUACUUAUAUUUUGUCAUGAACUUCAGGUACAGACGAUACGUUAGGAUCUUGUCCAGCAGAAGUAUCGGAAGGAAUACAAUGGGAUCGAACGUUGUUAGGAUUGGUCAAUAGACAAAACUGUUUACCAGAUGAUGAAAAUUCCGGUGAGUAAACGUUGUCAGAGUCAAGCUGUGUCCUUCGUAAUUCAGCUUAGCUCUCAGCUGCAAGUUAGGAUGAUUAGCACACUCUCAAUGUUAGCGGUAGCAGUCGUGGAAGUCGGAUCUAAACAUCUCUAUUAUUUACGAAACUGAGUUCUUUAUCCAUAGGUGUUGCCGUACGUGUUUGUGAAGCUUUCCCUGGUCGACCUCCUCAAUGGCGUGUCCCUAAUUUGAGAGAUUGUAGUAGUCCAGAGUUUGACUCACUUAAAGAUCAGGUGAAAAUAAUCACAUUGUCUUAUAUCAAUGGUAUAUAUAUAUAACUCUGUGGGAUCAAUAAACUGCAUUUGCUAGAGCUCUAGUAAGCCCCAUUUUUGUGCUUUGAUUCUUAAGCAAGAAACUGCAGAAAACCUACAAAGAAAUAAGUUGCUGUACUCUAUCAGUUUUAAAUGAAAUCUUUUUGAAGGUCUGGCAAGGACCAUCUCUUAAUAAUCCGAUGUUACUACCGGAGGAAACCUGAACUAAACUAAGUUUUUUUUAUACUGAAUGGCUCUACCAGUAGUUCUAAACUAUUCCUAGAGGUUUAGCAAGGGUCUUGUCAAGUUUUUGAUGCAGUGUUACUAUGGGAAGAAACCUGAGCUAAACUGUAACUUUAUUUAUACUGAAUGGCUCUAUCAGUUCUAAAUUACUUUCGAAUGGACAUUACUUUCGAAUUUAUGUUAUUUUUACUUUCGAAUUUAUGUUUUUUUAUAUGGUAGUUGGAUGCCUUGGAGGAAGGCUUUAAAGUUAAGCUGGACAUAAAACAAGCGUUGGAUCAGCUGCGUUCCUUGACUCGAGUACAUCGUAAACCACGGCCAGGGAUGAAUAGUUCGGUCAGGCUGUUUGGAAAGGAUCUGUUGUCCACUGUGGAUAUCUUAAAAAGAACGCAAGGAUUUUUCAAGAAGGAACAAGGCAAAAAACCGUUGGCGAAAGAAACGCUAAAUUCCUUCACAGAGACUGCAAGUAAUGUUCUCGAUCUGGAGAAUCAAGAAACUUGGUUAGAGGUCGAAGAGGUUAGGAUUAAGGUUCUAAUUUAUAUGCAUAGACACAUAAAUGGCUCUAAUUUACACAUACAGACGGACCAGCCUUGAACACAAUAUGAACCGUUACUGUCUGUGCCAAUGUAGGUGGUUUCUUUGGUAUAACUGCUUAAGCCUGGCUCACACUACCAAAGUUUCUGUGGUCACAGUAGGAAUUUUGCAUAGGUAAAUUCUAAGUUUUGAAGGAUUUGUAAGAAAUGUUUGGGGGGAUUGACUUUGUGAUAAACACUAAGUCAGUUCCCUCAAAAAUUUCUUACAAAUUCUUCGAAACUUAGAAUUUAUAGCUACCAUAAUUCCUACUGUGAUCACAGAAACUUUGAUAAUUUAAACCAGCCUACAGGGGCCGGUUGUUCAAAGCACGAUUAGCGCUAAUCCUGGGUUAAAUUUUAACCUGCUGUUUUUGUUUAUGCAUCCAUCUGCACAUGUAUUUGUUUCAAUACUUCAGAGAAGAAAAUUCUCAUUGGUCCAGACAAGAUUUCUGAAGAAAUAUUUCCAAGUUUAUAACCAAGCUAUUGGGAAGUUUGCUUUCAAUUUUAGGUUAACCUAGGGUUAAGUUAAUCUUCUUUUGAACAACCGGCCCCAGGAUAUUAAUUUGUUGAUUGUUCUUUUUUCUUGAUUUCUACUUGUGCUUAGACUAAUCCCGAGACUCCCUCGGAAUUAUUGACAUCUCUUGAUAAUUUUGGUUUUGACUUGGAGAAGGAUUUUAAUGGAAGUGAUGAUGUUAUCGAGGACCGAGUAGAGAAAAAUCUCGUGUUUCAAAUGCGUCGUGUGGACGUGAAAAGUAAACAGAAGGCGAAAGAUUUCAUUUUUGAGCAGAACAAGAGUGGCAUCGUUCUGCCUCAGGAGAUAUUCAACAAGGUGCACGCAGUAGUUUAUAUCUUCUAGUUAAUAAUAGUAAUUGGUUUGCACAAAUAGAUUCGAGAGUAUUAUUCACAAGCAGUGGCAAAGCUAGUCAUUGCAACAGUCAUUGCUAUGCAAAAUUUUAAUGAUUUCCAUUUAGAAAUAUAUUGACUUUAACCUAUUUAUAUGCAGAUUUAUUAGCAUAGCAUAACCAGUUGCUAUGGUUAGCUUCGCCAUUGUUCACAAAGAAGAAGAAUCAUAAAAGACCAACAAAUGAUCGUCUUUAUCAAAAUAUAUUUUAGGCAAGCUCAGAAACAGUUACUGUGGUCAGUGUCAUUUACGAUACGCUUGCCUUUAUCUUGGGGGAUGUAAAUACGACCUCGAAUUUAAGCAGCUACUAUGCACUCUCUAACUCGAGGAUAAUAUCGACCACAGUCAAGCCACUUGGUGAAGAACAACUUAAACAGCCUGUGAGGAUUGUCUUGGAAAAUAAUGGAACGGUAGGGUGUAUAGGCUCAGAGAAUUAUUAGUUGUACAGUCAUAGUUAAACGUUCAUGCACCUAACAUUGCAGUUCGAUUCCUGCAACAUGCACUUAUAUUUCGUGUCUCACUCGCGUGUGAGAAGUAACACUAUCAAACAGCAUAGGUUUUCUCCUGUUGUAACACCACAACAAGAAGGGACUUCUCUGAUUUUCCGGAAUGCUGGGGAGGACAGUUUGGAACUGAUAGAACUGUCCAACUUCUCUCUUGUCUGUAUAAAUAAAUUUUGUCCAUGGUGAUGAAACUUACUGUUUUGUUCAUUACUUUUAGUCUUUCCGUGAAAGUGAUCAAAGGCGAUGCGUGUUCUGGCAGCCUGAAGUAGCAGGCAGUCAAUGGAGUGACGAAGGUUGCCGACUGGUUCCCGAAAACACCACGAAGACCGUAACGACUUGUGAAUGUGAUCAUUUGACAUUGUUUGCAGUCAUGGUGGAAAGUGCCGGAGAAAACUUGGUAUGAGCUUUACGUGUUACGACUACAACUUCCCCUACCAAACACAACAGGUUUUUCCGAGCAAUCCGGUUUUUUCCUGUGACCAAUGCAUAUGAAGGAUGACCAUUGCUGGAGUUUAGGUUAGCCCCAUUGUAAUUCUUCUUCUAUUUCUUCCAUUGCUGCUAACAUGCUUCUUGUUGUAGGACUCCGAAGAGCUAAGAAAAUUAGAAAUCAUCUCCACAGUUGGCUCCGCCAUCUCUCUGGCAGCUGUUCUUCUCGCCAUGAUAAUUUAUGCGUAUUUCUGGAAAACUUUAUGGUCGAAGAGAUUUGUAAACUUUAUGAAUCUUUGUCUGGCUAUUGCACUGCUGGAUAUAUUCUCCGUGUUGAGAGGACCCUUUAAAGAAGAUGAGGUGGGAAGAAAUAUCACUUUGCAAGGAGAUUAUUAUUUAGUUUAGCUUUUCUUCUGUGAUAACACUGGUCAUACAGUCGUUGUCAAAACCAUCAGCAACACUCAUUAAAACAUUCCUAUGUGGCUCUUUUUUAUUAUUAACCUGAAUAAUUGUCUCGUUUCCCCUUCAUUUUUACAGUUGGUCAAUAUUUUCUGUUCUUAGGGCCCUUGUACAGCUAUAGGAAUACUUCUACACUUCUUCGUGCUUGCGGUAUUCAUGUGGAUGUUCUGUGAAGGAAUUUUACUUUGCCUUCUUUUGACGAACGUUUUUAAGCAGAAUUAUGGGCGAAAGUGGUAUAUCCUUGUUCAUCUCAUUGGAUGGGGUAUGUUCUUCGUAAAUGAUAAAUUGGUUUUAUUCAUGCCCGUAUACUGAUAUCUCAAACUUGUGGGGUCCAGUGUAGGUAGUAUUCUUCAGUAAACUAUCGUGGUUUGUGUCUGAGAUCUCAACUAUUUUUCAUCCGCAGGCUUGCCAGCUUUAAUUGUCAUUAUUUCAAUUGGUGUUCGUGGUACUUCCUCUUACGGAUUAUCCGGACACUGUUGGUUGAGUAGAUCAAAUGGAUUUAUCUGGGCAGCUAUGACGCCAAUGAUUGUGGUUUUAUUGGUAAGUGUAAAGUAUUGUUGGUUUCAUACCUACCUACCUACCUACCUACCUCUACCCCCUGAUCUAUCUAUUUAUCUUGACUGCUAUUUCUUUUUCUGCAGGCAAGUUAUAUUGUUUAUGGUAUCAUGCUACGUCGCGUAAUCACUUCACAAAAAGUACAACAAGAAGACACGUUAGGAAAAGUGAAGGCGUCCGCUCGUGCUUCUAUUAUAAUUAUGCCAGUACUGGGCUUCACAUGGACCUUUGCAAUCCUGGAUUUUUUCUUUGAUGAACUGACUUUUAAAUAUUUGUUCGCAAUCUUUAAUUCGCUUCAAGGACUCUUCAUCUUUAUUUUUCACUGUCUUUUGAACCAACAGGUAGAUGAAGUUUGUUUGUUUUAUGUGCAGAAUAUAACUGUAGACCAUUGGCAGAAUUACUGGAGCAUAGCAUUGUACACUCGCAAUAGCCUCGACUUCAUUCUUUUGAAUACACAGACAGAAACGUCACACAUUCGCAAGACUGAGUAAAAUUCAAACGAAAUGAUACAAUGAAGUUGAUGCUAUUGCGUGUGUAAUGAUAUCCAGUAAUUCUGCAAACGGUCUUUUGCAUUUAUAGAAGCGAAUAAAUUAACCUAGAUGUCUCUAUUUUUUCCUACCAAAUACAAGAUUACGUAUCAUGAAAAGAAUUAUCGUCAUUUUCUUACUCCGAUAACUGCAGCUUGACCACCAUCAGCUGUACGGUAGAACUUAGUGAAACGGUUAUGUUCCCAUGUUUCGUGCACGUGGAUAUGUUUCUCGUUGAUUUUGAGUUCAAUCACAAGCCUGUCCUUCAACCUACUAUACACGAAGUAUGAGGAAAUAACCGCAUGAGGCCAUUGGAGCAAGAGUCCGAUAAACAGUCAAGUGUUUGUCAGUUUUAGGUUUAGGGACCGGUCAUAAAGUAAUUAGGGUACUUUAGAUUCGCUACGGCUACGAAAUCUGGUACCACUACGAAAUACUUCCCGUUAAAUAUCUGCUACUGCAGACUUUUUAUCGUCCUUUCUUUUGCAUACCACAUCUUUAUAGCAACAUUUGCACCAAAACACAUACCAUUAUAAGUUUUUAGUAGCUGAUAUUUGAUGGAAAAAUCUCGUAGUCGUACUAGAUUUCGUAGCCGUAGCGAAUCUAAAGUUCCCUAUUACUAGAGGGGGGUGGAGGAUAAAUGAAAUUUCAAGUACAUAUUUCCAUACCCUCCCAAAAACCUAUAGAAAAAUUUUCGUAAUCCCCUUCAAUGUAAGUGAAAAUUUUCAUACUUCUAUCAUUAACAGGUUCUAAUGGUGUGCGCUUGCUAGCAUUGUCACUGACAAUUCAGAUUUAUCAGAUUUGUACUCCAAACGUUCCACGGAUACUGAAUCCUACUUAUCAUCUGACAUUGAGUCAGACUGAAACAUAUAUACUUUGUGUUGAUUUAAUAAUAAGUAUAAUAAAACAAUAGACCUAGGCCUUAUGCAUAAUGACGUCACAAGACUUGAUGCCCGCGAGGAAUACUGGUCUCAGUAGUCAUUGCUCGGGAAAACUAAACAAUUCAAAAUGGCAACUAUCGAAUUUUCCCGGGCGAUGACUACUAAAACCAGCAUUUCUCGCGGGCAUCAAGCCUUGUGACGUCAUUAUGCAUAAGGUCUAUUCUUUCCAAACUUAAAUCGUAUCUGGGCACAAAUACAUUCAAUAUUCAACAAUAAUUAUUUAAUGUAAUUCCGUACCUAUAGUACUAAGAUUUUGGUACCCCCCUAGAGGCUCUGUUGUUUUUUUCGUACUCCCCUCAGAGGUUCUGGGUUUCUUUCCCCCCCCAAAAAAAAAAUAUCCUCCACACCCCCUAGUAAAUACUUUAUGACCGGUCCCUUGUUAAAUCUAGUAGGAGAUUCUGGUUCCACAUUUUGUUAGGGCUUUCGAUCUCUCACUGUUGAGUCCAAGCAUCCACUUUGAUCUUGUUGAGUUGGUUCAUCUUUUUGAAUGUUCAAAUUUGCAGGUACAGCAAGCCCUGUUUAAGAAGACGAAACAAACAGAACGCCGAAGUAUAGUAGACAGAUUAAAAACUCAGGAAAUGCGUAAGUAUUAAUUUUUGAUGCUUGUGAUGUUACUCUGAGUGUAUAUCCACACCGGGCAGGCCUGAAAAAUAUACCUGGCCACCGUGGGAAUCGAACCUACGACCUUUGGAAUACUAGCCCAAUGCUCUGCCAACUGAGCUACGCGGUCAGGUCGGUUCGAGUAUGUGAUAUUUCGGAACUGAGUCUAGUUCUUUCGAUAUCUAUGUAAUCUAGUAAUCAUGAUAAUUUACACCUGAGUACACUACACCAACACAAUAAUAUUAAUUUUUGGUUAUACUUCCAAGUAUUUCUCAUUCUGAUUGGUGCGAUUGAUUAAAAUACAUGCUGCAUUUUUAUUCUAAUUUUAGGCAUGACAGCGUCACAUGAUACUGAUAGCCUCGACUCUGUAAGAUGAAACGAUAUCUUUAAAUGAAUUUGGAGGAGUUCAGGAAUAACACGAAAUAAUUUGGAAAGAUUGGCCAUUGAGCAGCUAAGAGCUUUACUUUAAUGAAAUAGGGGAGGUUUUCAGAUUUCUUUGUUGAAAUCUUAGAAUGUCUUAGAAACAAAAAGGAAAUAACGGCUACUGUAUGGUGCCAAAUUCAACGAAAGAGAACGAGAUUCUUUUGUUGAAAUACCAUCACCAUGGCCGCCGUGACGUAAUGUGCAAUCGACCUAUAGGAGAAAUUGCUCAGUGCAGUAUAUCUGCGUCAGUGAUAUGCGCAGAUGUCUAAUAAACGGUCUCUUACACUACAUGUAUAUGAACUUGUGUAUAUAGUAGCGGAACCUCUAAUAAUAUAUCUUACUGGUA